AUGCCAUUGGGUAUGGAAGACCAACGAAUCCUGUCGGGCCAUCUUCGGGCAUCGUCGUCGUACAAUUACAAUCACGGACCUGACCGAGCGCGUCUGAACAUCUACGCCGGUCAUGGGCGAACAGGAGCCUGGGUAGCGAGAUAUCGCAACACGAAGCAGUGGCUUCAAGUUGACUUGAGGCAGAUGAGUAUUAUCAAAGGCAUUGCUACACAGGGACGUAGAGAGGCCCAUCAGUGGGUCAGAAGUUAUCAUUUAUCCUACAGCCGAUUUGGAAGCCGAUUUAGGGCAUAUGUAGCUUACGGUAGAGUGAAGGUUGGUUUUGGAUUUUGUCUUACAAANUCGUACAAUUACAAUCACGGACCUGACCGAGCGCGUCUGAACAUCUACGCCGGUCAUGGGCGAACAGGAGCCUGGGUAGCGAGAUAUCGCAACACGAAGCAGUGGCUUCAAGUUGACUUGAGGCAGAUGAGUAUUAUCAAAGGCAUUGCUACACAGGGACGUAGAGAGGCCCAUCAGUGGGUCAGAAGUUAUCAUUUAUCCUACAGCCGAUUUGGAAGCCGAUUUAGGGCAUAUGUAGCUUACGGUAGAGUGAAGGUUGGUUUUGGAUUUUGUCUUACAAACUGUAGUAUCUUUUUUCUUGUACCGUAUUUCCUGGAAUAAGCGUCCACGCUCUAAUAAGCGCCCACCUCUUAGGUCAAAAUAUCAAACAUGCACCCCCUAGAAUAAGCGCCCUCCUCCCCUUCCCCAUCACUUUUUUUAAUAGUAGGGAUACAAGGAAACCUUAAUAGUAGGGAUACAAGUAAAACCUGUUUCUAUUGCCUCUUUAAUGAUAACUCUAUGUGUAAACUGUAUAAUGUAACUAAGGUACGCUUGAUUACCAACAGGAGAACUUAAUAAGCGCCCCCCUCGAUUAAGCGCCCUCUUCCCAUAAGCACCUAUCCUUUCAGCCGAAAUUUUAAAUAAGCGCCGGGCGGUUUUUCAAGGAAAUACGGUAAUUUCUCUUUUGUGCCUGCCCCCUUCAACAAAGUAACUCAGUGCAUUCUUAUUUUGAAAUGAGAGUUAUCAAUAAACAAUAAUUUUCCACUGUCUUUACUCUUUCGUACAAACAAAGUGGUCAGCCUUUAUUUUGAAUCAACUUGUUAAUGAAGCGAUUCUCUUUAACUUAUUUAGUAACUGGAUCUAACAACAUUAGGAAUUUUAAACCUUCUCUUAAUUUACAAAUGAGCAAUUAAGCAUUCUAUUUACUACUAUUAGUAUUAUUUUUAUUAUUAUCAUAAUUUUUUCUCUUUGUAUAUUUCCAAAUAUUUAUAUAAUUAUCUCCUUAACUUAAAAUCGUAUUAAGUAUUUUCUCUCUCUGUAGGUCUUUCGAGGUAAUUAUGACAUUUAUCACACGGUGGGUCACAAGAUUUUGCCAGCGAUAAAAGCACAGUUUAUUCGUAUUCACCCCCGAUCUUGGUAUAGUUACAUUGCCAUACGUGUGGAGCUGUAUGGAUGUCGUGCACGAGGUAAGGUUAAUUUUCAGUAACGUUUGUUGUAACUAGUGGUAAUCCGUUGUGUUUUUGAAUUUUUAAGAUGGUACUUAGAGAAAUUAUGAAAAUUCAGAUGUUUGAAUGGAAUGGACCUUUUUGGCUUGUAUGCUUUGUUUUCCCACGCUUUUGGGGAAGUGCGUUCUCAGUGCCUGCCUUACUCAAGUGGCGUUUCACAUGACGUCACGGCGACCAUAUUGGUGUCUCAAAACAAUGAAACGGCGGCCAUGUUGGUGUCCCAAACCAGUCCUGUGGGAGUUGAACUCCUUUCUUAUGCAAACGCUUUCUUUUGUUCCAAUAAAUUUGCAUAGAUCCUAGCCACGUGAGUGGAAACACUCAAUAGGGCCAUUUAUGCGAGGAAAAAUAUGACGCGUCUUACAAAAGACAGGUCCUAGAUAAGCCGCGAACUAUCCCGUGUAAACGGCACAUAAUUAAUCGUUUGUAAUUUCAUAAGAAGCGUCUUAUCUAAGAACAGUCCUUAACACCUGUUCUUCGUUAAGACGCGUCUUAGCCAAGUCGCGUCUUUAUGUGCCAUUUAUGCGGGAUAGUUUGCCUCUUAUUUAGGACGCGUCUCAUGAAAGACGCGUCUUAUCUUUCCUUGUGUAACAGGCCCUAAUGUGAUUUCUAAAAGGUGUAACUCUUUAUUUGUGUCAGAGCGAUUUUACAACAGACCUAUUGGCCUGCAAAACUACCGAAUUAAAAAUGCGGCCAUCACAGCUUCGUCUCAGUGGGAUCAGAAUCACGCACCCUGGUUGGCGCGGCUUCACCGGUCGCGUCGCGGACGGUUCAUUGGCGCCUGGUCUUCCCGCCGCAAUGAUUAUAAACAAUGGCUGCAGGUUGAUAUGGGAAGGUCAAUGAAGGUCACAGGAAUUGCUACUCAGGGACGGCAGGACGCUGACCAGUGGGUCACUGCGUACUAUGUGUAUAUUAGUUCGGAUGGAGUCACCUUCGCCAAAGUCAAACACUGGUGGAAUUACGUCAAGGUAGAGUUUUUUCCAUGGCACUGACAACCGAGAAGUUAUGUUCUUAUUACGUAGGCUUGUAAUAGCUGGAUACCGUCAUAAAGCGCAAAAAAAAAAGCAAAAAACUUCGUCCAACAGUUUAUAUUAGGUAAUUCCCCAGCGUUUUUACAAUGAAUAUAUACUCAAGACCCAAGACAAUUAUACCUGUUAAAAAGAACAAGGGCUGAGAAGAUAAAUAUAAUAAAUAUAUAAUAUUUUACGAGGAGACCUCCAAUCACCUAACGGUGGUUUUCAGGAGGGUCCUCUAAAAUGAAGGUAAAAAAUACAUUAAAAAUAAAACUAAAAUACGGCUAAAAACUAAUACAACUAAAGUGAAUUUCUAAUCGUUUUUCUUGCUGUUUAGACGUUCCAAGGCAACAGAGACCGGAUGUCAGUUCAAACACAUUCCAUCGAUCCUCCAAUUUACGGCCGUUAUGUUCGAAUCAUACCACGUGGCUGGAGGUCGCACAUUUCAAUGCGACUGGAACUGUAUGGAGGACCAUGGAGUAAGUGAUAUAGUAGUAGUUUUCUAAAGUGGAAAAUAAAUGAGUUCACUCUCAAAGUUAGAAAUGAUACUACAGUCGGACCUCCACUAACGGCCACCUCUCUACGACGGCCAUUUUUUUUUUGGGGGGGGGGUAAGGGGGGGGCAGUCCAUGUCUUCACUCUUCUUUCAACCUCUCUACAACGGCCUUUUUUUGGGGGGGGGGGGGGGGGGGGCGUUCAGUCGUGGUAUUUAUGUCUUUUUCAUCCUCUCUUUUAUGUGCAGUUUUUUCUGUUUCCCUCGUGGCCCUUGUGUCUAAGUGCUAUCUUUUGUUUUUUCAUGUCUUCUGUUUUUUCUGCUCUCCACGUUACUCUAGAGACACUGUCGUUGUAUACGGAAGGGUGUGAGAGUUGAUGCUGUACUCUCUGUGUGUCGAGUGUCAUAGAGCAGAGUUUGCUUUGUCUCGUCGGAGAUGGGUGCGAGCGCAUGCCCGCCGGUCGCCACUCUACCUCCCACUGCCUGCUCCGGUGUGUUUUGUGGGGGGGGGGGGGGGAGGGGCGGGCAGUCCAUGUAUUCACUCUUCUUUCAACCUCUCUAGAAUGGCCACUUUCUUCUGUUCCCAAGGUGGCCGUUGUACAGAGGUGCUACUGUAUGUAUUGGCGGAUUAAUCUUUGUAUGCAGUUAAUGACUUUGUCGUCCUCUGUCCUCGUCCUAAAAACUGACUAUACUUGGAACAUAUGUUUACGUUUUGAGCACGGCCUAUCCUGGAAUCAUUCACCAUUCAAAGAAAUUUGAAUCAAGUUAUGCAGAGUCACAAGGCCCAAACACUCUCUUCAUUUUUUCCUUCCACUUUUGCUAUUUACAUUCUACACUUCACUUACUUUCAUUUGUUAUUACAUACUAGAAUACUUGGCAUAACGUUCGUACUGACAUAAUAUAAGUUUAACAGUGGCGGAUCCGGGGGAGGGGCCUUGGCGGCCCUUGCCCCCCUUAUUUUUAGACCAAACUGAGGCCCGAAUGGCCGAAAAAUUUUUUUUGAGACUCCCCCCUUAUUUCAGGAUCUGGAUGACCGCCCCCCCCCCUUAUCUGAUCGCAUGAAGGUCUGGAACCGUCACUGAGUUAUGCUACUCAAGCUUGUCUUGCUGCUGACAGUUCACAACCUCAGUCUCGUCACCGGUCGCUGCUCGAACAACUUAAAAGAAACGUGUUGAAUCAAUGGAGGCCCGUACGAAAAUGUUUCCUUCCCAACAUUCCUUGCAUUCCUCAUUGCCAAACUUUUAUCGCUUUAAAGAUAAGUAAGGACUUUGUCAAUCUUCAUUCGGCUGUGGUAAAAUAUGACAAAACAAUUCUUCACUUGUUUUCGCAUCCUGAAGAUUCUUCACAUUUGACGAUUGUUAAUGACAAUUUAUUUUCAUCAGAUCGUUGUGACAUGCCCCUGGGUCUUGAAGAUGGUCGUGUACCGGAUCCACUCAUACGCGCUUCUUCCUUCUAUAACUACUACUGUGGACCGUUUAACGCAAGGCUCAACAGACGGCGGUUCGGGAGGCAGGGAGGGGCCUGGUGCGCAAAGGGGCGAGACAGGCGUCAGUGGCUGCAGGUGGAUUUUGGCGCGCUUUCAACAGUGUCAGCUGUCGCUACUCAAGGAAGACAGAACUCAGCUCAAUGGGUUACGAGUUAUUAUAUAUCCUACAGCAGAAAUGGCUACAAGUUCGCUCCUUACAGGGAAGGCAGGCGUACACGGGUGAGGGCUCUUGCUUGUUUGUUUUAUUUGUUUUAUUUAUUUACCACACAAUAAUAGAAAUUACGUAGAAAAAAAUGGCGAGGAGACCUAACAGAAUGUGUCUAUGUGACGUUUAACGCGCAAUCGAUAAUCCCUUGUUUUACUCUUGCAAAGUGUAUACUGUGUAAACUGCCAUCGUGGUCUUUUUGACAUGCUCAGUUCAGUCUACUUGCAGACGUUUCUUUUUCCUUUGCUUCAUAGAAGAUGUCUUUGGGCAGGCUCUUUGAGAUAACGUAGUUUUAGUUAAAAUGUUUAAUUCAUCCAUUCUUUUACCUUUAGAUAUUCCAAGGCAAUUACGAUCGAUUCAUAAUCGUGCGGCACCGGCUGAAAAAACGCAUCACAGCUCGCUUCUUCAGGAUACACCCAGUCACGUGGUAUAGCUGGAUCUCUAUGCGUGUGGAAUUUUAUGGCUGUGUAGUCGGUAAGUAAAUAGAGACCUUUAGAUUCAAGGACGAGGACGACUAAGAGUACGAGAUUUGACUUAAAGUUUUUUCGCGUAUUCUCAAAAUAUAGACUUCCCGGAAAGCUUCAUUUUACCAUUUGUUACUAGGAAAGUUAGCACUGUUACCUUUAGUGAAGGAGGUUAUACCCUCUCCCGAUCUUAAAAUGAUAAAACUACUAACAUUUGAUAACUUGUUUCCGCCACUUCGACAUUCUCGCUAAGACUCGUAGCAGAGUGACGACGGCUACCACAUUUGCCCGCCAAAAUGAUGCUGGCUCACGCGCGUGCUCUACUUAGUAUUGAGAGAAUCUCGUACUCGUAGUCGUACUCGUCUUAGAAUCUAAAGCUCUCUAAUAGCCUGUAGAACGGGCAUUACUUUCUGCGGUUUUUAGGCUUUUUUAUGCGUGGAGUGCUAGACACGCGACACGGGGAGGCUCCUUUCUCGCCGCGUGCGUGAAUGUUUACACUUUUCAUCCACAGACUCAAAAAGUUAAUGUUCAGCAUAGAAAAUGUCACCAAAGAAAGUACUCCUUAGUAGCUUUAUUUCAAAGGUAAUAUCUUACGAUUUCAUCCAAAGUCACAAUUGUUAAAUUUUAACUUAAUAUCUCCAUAUCGAACCGUCGAAGGUGAAGUGCUAAAACGAUAUUUUCGCGGGAUUGUCUAUAUUGUAGGACCAAGGUGCAACAAGCCCCUGGGCUUACAAAAUGGCCGUAUCCGUUCAUCACAACUGACCGCUUCAUCCAGCUGGGACCGAAAUCACGGCCCUAACAACGGCAGACUUUAUUUCCACCAGCGCGGAAAGAGUGGAGCCUGGUGCGCGCGCCAUAACAAUCGUCUCCAGUGGUAUCAGGUUAACUUUGGUCGCGCCACACGGGUGGUGAAGGUUGCUACGCAGGGGCGAAAGGAUUACCGUCAGUGGGUUACUCAGUAUUAUUUGUCGUUCAGUCAGGAUGGGAUACAUUUUGCGGACUACAAACAAAACAGUAAUCGAAAGGUAAGAGAGUCGAGGUUAAUUUUUCACGUUGACAACAAAUCUUGGUCUUCAGAGAGCAGUAAAAAGGAAAGGCUUGUUAAAUUUCGUCUACAGCAGACUAAAAAUGAAUACACUAUACACAAUAAAUGAAAUGCUUUUGACUUCGUCUCGUUUUCCCUGUUUUUGUUCCAAUGUUUACGUACAAAGUUGUAUUUUACUUUUUCCUGCAUUUUGCCAAUUUCAUUGCCUUAAAAAGGGAAAAAGAUCCCGUGCCCCGUGUGAGGAUCGAACUCACGACCUUCAGAUUUCUUCUUUAUAGAUUAUGAGACUGACGCGCUGCCUACUGCGCUAACGAGGCACUUACAAAUUUUGCUAUAAAACUAACUAUUUUAAAAGGAACAACGACAACAUGUAAAAUAGUUUGCUAACUUGUAGAACACAUCCUUAAGUAUUUCACAGGAAACAGAGAUCAAAACAGUGUAGUCCAGCACGGGCUUUAUCCCAGGAUCAAGGCGUACAUCAUCCGGGUUCAUCCGUGGGGAUGGUACCGACACAUAUCCAUGCGGGUGGAGUUUUACGGAUGUAGAGAAGGUGAGAUGAAUGAAAAAGUUCUUCUCCUGAGAGCGGCUACAAAAUGAUUACAAAACAAAUAUUUAUCCCUCAAGAAACCUUGCAUAGAGUCCUAAUUCUUUCAUUUGCUGAUCCAAAAACUAAGGCGGCAAAAAAAAAAAAGCGUGUAAACGUUAUGAAGGUACUACCGGCGUUUCGACGGCGGAACAAAUUUCCAAGUGGGGAGGUGACUGGUGUCUUGAAGUGGGGGAAGCCCUCCCCAGCCCCCCUCAGCUCCGUCGUCCCUCCGAGGGCCCUCCAAACCUCCCGGAAAUUCGUCUUGUAAUGUUUCGAUUACGAGAAGGAGUGUUUCAGCCGCUAUCUUAGAAACCGAGAAGUAAUAUACUGUCAAACUGAAAAUGGAUUGCUUCAGCCUAGAGCCAGAACUGAGAAGUAGACUGAAAAUAAAGUGGUUGUCCACAUAAAGUGAAAUACUCUUUGAAACUGUAGAAUGUUUGCUAUACCUUCUCAAAUGAUCAUUGAUUCAUGAAAAAAAGGAACGACAGAAACAAACCUCGCAAAGCUUAGAGUUAGUAAUUACCAUCACAUUUCGAAAUCUCUUCUUCAAGGUAGUAGUUUUCGUUAUUUUCACUUUGAAAAUUGUUAAUACGUGUAUAAAAAAUUCCUUCCAAUUUUCAGAUCGUUGUGUCAUGCCACUUGGUUUAGAAGACAAACGGGUUCCAAACGGACAUUUGACCGCCUCAAGUUAUUACAACUAUCGCCUUUCACCCUGGUAUGGCCGACUCAAUAGUAUCUACUCAUGGAGCGUGCGCAGAAAUCGUGUGGGUCAGUGGUUCCAAGUGAACUUUGUGGAGUUAAUGCGUAUAAAAGGCGUGGCCACUCAGGGCCGACAGAACGCCAAUCAGUGGGUUAGAAGCUACACAGUCAGAUACAGCGUUGAUGGAAUGAGCUUCAGACCAUACAGAGAAAAUAGGCGUGCAAAGGUAUGUAUUGCAGCAAGGUUAUGUGCCUUAAGUCACAAGUACAUUAAGUUCUGGCUCAGGUCAAAGUUUAGAUAGUCAUACAAUGAUAUACGCCCUCAAAGUCAUUAGGGAACUUAAGCAAAGGCGUUUUUGAGCGACGCGCGUCAACCGGAAGUGAGGUCUUUUUAUUUUAAAGCACGUUGACGCUACCAAAUUUGUAUUUCUAAUUGUCUUUACUAUUACAGAGACAAUUUGUCCAAAAAUUUGUGCAACACUGCCGUCCAAAAAUGAAGAAGACCACUUCCGGUUGACCUGCGUCACUCAAAAACGUCUUUGCUUAAGCUCACUUUUGUCUAUAUGGAGAAAACUUUGGGGUAAAACGUUCACUCGCCCACCCGAGCUAACUUGGGCGAGCCAACGUUUUCUAUAUUUUCUUACAAAACUUAGCAAACCGUUUACAUGAGAACAAAUAAUUGCCUCGUCUAGAAGGAUGACCCGCCUAUCCGAGUUUGGUUUGCUAAAAGAGGGGAAAUUGAAACCGAUCAUAACUUUCGGGCACGCGUUUCCGCCAAUGUGGUGCGAGUUGCAUAUUUUUGCUGGAGUUUUGAUUGGUUUGUUCGGUUGCAUGUGUGUGCUUGUCCGAAGUAGUUAGUUUCCUGUUCUAAAUAACGUGGAUUACUUUUUUUGUUUGUUAAUUUUUUCUAGAUAUUCAUCGGAAACACAGAUCGUCAUUCCGUAGUUUAUCAUCAGUUUGUCAGACCGUUUAAAGCCAUUUACGUCCGCAUCUACCCAAGAAGUUGGUACGGCUGGAUUUCCAUGAGAGCGGAGCUUUACGGCUGCUCGGGUACGAAUGCGCUUGCGCCACCGAUUUUGCACGUCAGCUGAUGUUGGUAGCUUUUCCUUACCAGAGGUAACCCAGGGUAUACUAAUGGUAUUGGACACAAAGCAUCAAUCAUCCUCGGAGACCCAGGGGCAGUCAGUCGCCCGGGUCGGGAGGAAAGGCGCUACGAACGUUUUCAAGCACUAGCGGAAGAGCCCCUGGGUAUCGACACUCACCAGACCAUUUCCAAACGGUCAAGCGANAAACACAGAUCGUCAUUCCGUAGUUUAUCAUCAGUUUGUCAGACCGUUUAAAGCCAUUUACGUCCGCAUCUACCCAAGAAGUUGGUACGGCUGGAUUUCCAUGAGAGCGGAGCUUUACGGCUGCUCGGGUAAGAAUGCGCUUGCGCCACCGAUUUUGCACGUCAGCUGAUGUUGGUAGCUUUUCCUUACCAGAGGUAACCCAGAGUAUACUAAUGGUAUUGGACACAAAGCAUCAGUCAUCCUCCGAGACCCAGGAGCAGUCAGUCGCGCGGGUCGGGAGGAAAGGCGCGACUAACGUUUGCAAGCACUAGCGGAAGAGACCCUGGGCAUAGACACUCACCAGACCAUUUCCAAAAGGUCAAGCGAAUGGUGGCUCCUGAUUGGGCACAAAAAAAUGCUUUGUAUUAUUGUGCCCAAUCGGUGAACAGCAUCUACUGAGUUCUUUUGCAAUUUCAAACGAGGUUUGGUGGUGAAAUUUGUUCAUCUGACGUAAACAUGCAUAAGGGCUAUUUGUUGCUUGCCUGCUUAAAAAGCAAAUCUCGUUUCCUAGACGUUUAACCAACAAGAAAUUGUGAAGGUUGGCUGGAAUUUUGGAUUUUAACCUUGUGGCUUUUCGGCAAAGUUUUAAGUCAUGUGCUAUGUUAUGCUUCUUUCCUCCAUUCCUAGCGUCCCUCUGUAACCGCCCCUUGGGUAUGCGAAAUGGUCGUAUACGCAAUCACAAGAUCACCGCCUCAUCAUCGUACAACCGUUUCCAUGCUGCAUGGCUUGGGAGACUGGGAAGAGUUAAGACCGGGAGGUAUAUUGGGGCCUGGUGCGCAAAACACAAGAAUUAUAAUCAGUGGUUCAAAGUCGACUUUGGUAGACCGAUGAAGAUUACUAAAAUUGCAACUCAAGGAAGGCAGGAUGUGGGGCACUGGAUAACGUCAUACUACGUGUCGUUUAGUGCUGACAACAUUCAUUGGGCGAUGUAUCGGUUUAGAAGUGUUAACAAGGUAAGAAGGAUCAGAAAACAUAACAACUGGUUUUUGCUAAGCAACCAGAUUAACUGGUGAACUUGUAUUGCGUUACUAGGGCUGUAAAAGGGACCUUUUGCGAUGAUAACCGCGCCACGGCUGCGACAUGAAAUAAAAUAAAAUAAAAUGUGUUGCGUUACUAGGGAUAUAAAAGGGACCUUGUGUAACGUUAAGCUACAGUAAAACGGGCAACAAAAAUCGUGUCACUGGUUCUGCAACAUUGCUGCAAAACGAGUCGUAUACCGAUGUUGCACGUUUUAUCACUCACGUUCGAACCUGUCUUGCAACAAAUAAGGUUGUAAGGUUUGUUUUCGUGGGUGGUAAAACGCGCAACAUUGCUAUUCAACUCGUUUUUCAGCAAUGUUGCAAAAAAAGUUGCACGUUUUUUGUCGCCUUUUUUACCGUACCCUUAACUGCACCGCCACCGCUACGUCAAGAGAAUGAGAAAGAAAAUGAAAAUGAGGAUAAGGGUUAUGAUGACAAAGAACAUGAGAGUGGAAAUGAGAAUGAAGAUGAGGAUGAGGAUGAAAGCAAAAAUGAGCACGAGGAUGAGGAUGAAAAGGAAUAUGAAUAUGAAACUGAAAACAAGGAAGAAGAUGAAAGUAAAAAUAAAAAAAAUAUGAAAUUGAAAAUAAAGAUGAAGAUAAUAAUGAAGAUUAUGAUGACGAUGAUACUCACGAUCAUAAGCUAUGAAUACACAAGAUUUUUAGCUCAUGAUUCCCUUUCUCUGUACAGCGAUGAUGAGUUUGAGGACUCGUCGCUAAAUUCCUCAUUUUUGUUUAAUCGUCAACAGCUUUUCCAAGCAAAUCGCGACCAGAACAGCAUUAAAAUGAACGCCAUUAACCCUGCCAUUAGAGCUCGCUUCAUCCGUCUUCAUCCUCGAGGCUGGCAUGGAUACCCGUGUCUGAGAGCAGAAUUCUACGGAUGUGCCGUUGGUAAGUUGCUUUUUUAAUUGGUCUACCUGCGGACUUAGUCUUCCUAAGGGCGUUAGCCCGUAUCACGGUCAUUACUCCAUUUGAGGGUAUCAUCUCAUGUCAUGCGAAGGAAUACUGUUGAAAAUCAAGGGCUCUAAUGCAAGUUAAUCGGUCUAGCAGAUAAGGAAGAAGAGAGAAAGUGAAAGAAAAAGAGGAAAGGGAAAAAGAAACAACAAUGAUUUCAAUCUUAGUAUUUAUGAUGGCCACCUUUAAAAAUAGUCUUCUUUUGGUAGGCUGCAUCUUGUCUUUGAAAACUUGGAUACUUGAAAUUGCUAAUAUCUUGUCCCAAUGGGAUGUUAUUUUCUUUCAUACUUAGACUUUAAUUAAAACAAUAGAAAAUUAAAACCUCAAAAGAUCAAGACUAAAUUUCGGUUAAUUUAUACAGCUAGACAACAAUUAUCUACAAAGUUGUAUUUAUAAGCAGUAUUAAUCAGAAUUUUCUGUUUGCAAUUAUUUGUAAUUCGCACAGACUGAAGAUGUUGAUAGUGUCUGAACAAUUUUGUUGUCUAUCCUCCUCGUCAUGCCAUUUCGUGCUUUGAACAGAUCGGUGUGACGUCCCACUCGGAAUCCAAGAUGGCCGCAUCACUCGUUCUAUGUUCUCCGCCUCCUCCAUGUACAACCACUACUACGGUCCCUGGUGUGCCAGACUUCAGGCACAGAAUCGAGGCCAAAUCAGAGGAGGCUGGAUCGCUAAGUAUAGGAACACCAAACAAUGGUUGCAGGUUGACCUGGGAACUGUUUCAAUUGUCAAGCGAAUCGCUACCCAGGCUCGAUAUGAUGCAAAUCAAUGGGUGACGUCAUACACUGUUUCCUACAGCAACAAUGGUGUCAGAUUUUUUCCUUACAAGCAAGCGAGAAGAACCAGGGUAGGGAUACUUCUGUUUUUCUAUAAGUCACAUAUAUCCUAAUUUUCACUCAUUGAGUGCAAACGAUAUGACACUUUUUCUCUUCAAUAACGUAGAUCCCGUUGUUUUGUCUGUCUGUCUGUAAGAAGCUUGGCCAUUUUAUUUUUCUGGCCUUCGAAAAACGUGAAAGUAGAUCAUUAAACAUAGCAACAAUAAAGUUAGCAUUUUCCGUGCAAUUAUAGCCAUUAUUAUUAUUUACAAUGAUAAAAGUUCUUUUCUUGUUUUUUUGCCUUUACCUAACAUAAUCAAUAUUGUAAUCGGCAAUGCCAUCUACUCAUGGAAAUGCCAAUAAAUGUUGUUGUAUUUGUUGUCUCAACAUGGAUGGUACGCAAUGUGCACAUGUGUCCACGAACCUCUUUUAUCAUUUGGCUGGCUUCCCGAGCACGCAAGAUAAAGUAAAUCCUGCGUUCUGAUUGAAUACUGCCAGGUCGAGUUUUCCCUCUAGGUCCUACAAGCCAUAUUAUAAAUUUUUCUUAAUGACCAAGCUUCUUUGGUCAAGAUCGCUGAACAAGUUGGAUAGCGCUUCCACCGGAUAAAUCACCGCACAGUGAAUAAGUACUGGGGAAGCCAAUUGCGUCAUCCACUAGAUAGUGAUUUAUCAAUUGGAUAGCGUUGUUCACCUUUUGAACAACUGGAGCCUUAUUUUGCGUUUGUAUGGAUCUUGUUCCGAGAUAGAGACUGUCCAUUAAAACGCAAAAAGAGAACUUGCCCAACAUUCGUCCAGCUUGGCCUCUCGCUUGGUCAGUAACGAACGGUAUAUAUUGUAACUUUUGGCCCCAGUCAUUCAAUAGGUGGAUAGCGCUACCCACCGUAUAAAUCUCCAUCCUGUUGACAGCGUAAUUAGUUUGCCUUAUGGUUAUGCACUGGAUAGUGAUUUAUCCGGUGGAUAGCAUUAUCCAACUAUUGAAAAACCAGGGCCAUAACUGUCAAAGUACAACACUUUUACUGACGUUUUUACUGGCAUUUUUAGCUCUUCCAAGGAAACAGUGAACGUUACUUUGUGGUGGUGCACAGGCUACGCCCGGCCGUAAGAGGGCGUUACAUUCGUAUUAACCCAAAGUCCUGGUAUGGCUGGAUUGCAAUGAGAUUGGAGUUGUUCGGCUGCAGACUAGGUAUGUACCAUGAACCUUGAAAUCAUGAAGAUAGCUCACAAACAGAGUUACGUUAGUCUUUUUUUUCGUUACCUUAUCAACUCAGACAACUGACAAAAUACGAGUCAUAGAGAGGAAGCUGCUGUCUUUUGUACCCAUGUAAUUCCUGGUAAUAGGCCAUUUUACAGUUGUGUGCUCAGUGCCCUAGCCUUUGAAUAGACGCGAGGCUGGCGGUGACCUUGUUUUGUUACAAACCUUCUUGUUUUUCAUAUGUAAAUGAUCAUGUUCACGGGCUUGUUAGCAUGAGAAUACCACGAUUUGCACUUGAAAAGCAGGCAGGUUUGUAACAAAACAAGGUCACCGCCAGCCUCGCGUCUAUUCAAAGGCCAGGGCACUAAGCACACAACUGUAAAAUGGCCUAUUAAAAAAUUCUUUACAAUUCUUUGUGCCUUUCGUACAUCGCGUAUCGCUUUUCGAUCCAUAUAAGAUUCCAACCCACCCCGCCCCCAACCCCGAAAUUUAAAGUGUUAACGCUGCGUUAGGGAGGGGUAGGUGCUGACCUCAUUUUUUACUUUUUGUGGAGGCACCUGAUAUAGUGCCUAGCACAUCUUAACUCCUUGACUUGGGCCCUGGACGUGCAAUCAUCGUAUUCCAUUGGACUAAAGACUCUUUAGUAAACAUUGUAUUCCUUUCUUUUUAUUGUUUAAAUUGGUAACAAAGGUACAAGUAGAGUUGGCCAUGCGAAAAACUCGCAUCCCCUCACCGGGGGAUAGCAAUAAAUUCUUUUCAGCGAACCCAUUAUUUUUUAGUUGAACAGUUUGCUUCUUCAGGGGAGAGAAGAACUAUCGUUUUGACCACCAUAUUGGUUAAAUGUUGAUUGAGGUCUGUACUCCUAGUUGUUUCAUGAUACACACUCAAGAACCAGGCCAAACUCAGGCUGUAAGUGUAGUUGUGCUAUAGUAGCCCUAUACACCUACCUAUUUACUUUGUGUUUUAAUAACGAUUCAAAUUUGAACAAUAGGAAAAUUGUGUAAUCGUCCAAUGGGACUUCAGAACAAUCGACUGAAAAAUCACUUCAUGACGUCAUCCUCCCGCUGGGACAAAUACCAUGGUCCUUACCAAGCACGUCUUAACAUCCGUCGCCAUGGACGCUACAUAGGGGCGUGGUCGUCUCAGUACAAUAAUCGGUAUCAAUGGCUUCAAGUUGACUUCGCUGGACCAGCAAAAAUUAUCAGAAUUUGCACUCAAGGGAGGCAGGACCUAAACCAGUGGGUCACGCAGUAUUACGUGACUCGCAGCUUAGAUGCUGUUAAUUACCGGCCGUACAAGGAGCGAAAUAAUAUCAAGGUAUAUUUUUUGUCAGAAAAGCUAAUUGGUCUGGUAAAUUGUAAAGUUUCAGAUUGUCUGUAUGUUUUCGUAUUUUGUGUGAGUAAGCGUUACUUUCAUUUGGUCAAGUCUUUACAGUAAUCUGCGCGGAAAGCUCGUAGCGAGCCCGAAAUACCCCGUCUCGUUUGGGGUAAGACCCCUGGUACGCAGGGCAGCAUUGCUACUUCACAUCCGAUGCUAAGUUAACUUAGUGUUUUUACAAUUAUAAUUAUUAUAUUUUGUCAACGGUUUUCGCUCCUAUUUUUCAGUAUUUCUCAGGAAACCGCGACCAGAAUACCGUUGUCUGCCACCCUUUCAUCCCCGCUCUUAGAUGCCGCUAUGUGCGUGUUCACCCAUGGGGAUGGUACCGACACAUAUCUAUGAGAGCCGAGUUUUACGGAUGCCGAACUGGUAAGGAGUAGUCAGUUACCACCUUAGAAAAAAACAACUGUUCUCCAGUGUUACUUUUUUGUUUGCAAGGAGGCAAACGGUUGACAAAUAUACUUGUCGAGAACAAUACACAGCUUUUACUGUCCACUCGUUUAUUUAGUGCUGUUGUGCUCUGCGAUCGUAGAGUGGGACACGGUUGGUAUAGAUAUAAUCACACACCAUUUACACAUAGGAAAGUGAGAUCUAUUUGUUCUAUACGUUGAACAGAACAACAGCAAUCGUUCGAUCGUUCAAUCGUUAGCGUUGGAUUGUUCCAAGAUUUGGUCCAGUUUAAGCAAGAACUUUUUUCGUUGCCUCGGUUUCUUCUUUUUCUCAAGUGGAAAUAUCUCCUGCUAAACAUUUUUGUGGCCAGUAGUUGGAGAACACAUGGAAAGCAAUUUCUGUGACGUCGUCCGUAUGUCUGUACUCUGACAGAUCAUAGCUAACGACCAAUCACAGCGGGUGUAGCAUUGCAUACCGGCCUACCAUGGGCUGUCACCUCUUAGAAUGUCACAUCUUUUAGUCUUACUGGUGUGAUUCUUCCCCUCGCAGAUAAAUGCACCAUGCCCCUCGGUAUAGAAGACCGAAGAAUCCUAUCGGGUCAUCUUCGAGCGUCGUCGUCGUACAAUUACAAUCACGGACCCGACCGAGCGCGUCUAAACAUCUACGCCAGCCACGGGAGAACGGGAGCCUGGGUUGCAAAAUAUCGCAACACCAAACAGUGGCUACAAGUUGAUUUGCGACAGCUGAGUAUCAUCAAAGGCAUUGCUACACAGGGACGAAGAGAAGCCCAUCAAUAUGUAUCAAGAUAUACUUUGUCUUACAGUGUGAAGGGCCUACGGUUUAGGCCUUACGUAGCUUAUGGCAGAAUAAAGGUAAGACUGUGAUCAUCGGUAACAGAUGUUGUAGCAGAAUAUCUUUACCUACAUCAUCGAAGGCGUUGGCCUUUCCUGACUUGUCUAUUGAUUCUUUACUAAUCAGUUUCUCCAGAAAUUAAUAUAUUUGGAACAUGACGUAAGUAUAUUCUUGAAGAAAUUCAUCAGGCUAGUGAAGUCAAUAAGUCGAUUUAAAUGUUCUUAAAACAUAGCCAGUCUUGACGUCUUAAUGAUGCUCACAGUUUCGAUGACUGUGAGCCAUCUUUAUCAAAACUUGAAAAACAUUAAAAGUGUCAGAAGCCUUAAAUAGGCUUCUGAGUGUUAGUUAUUGCGAUAAACGCGCAAAGUCUAUGAACAGGGACGAGGGAGCCUAUCAGCUUUCUCCCAUAUAGACACAAGUGAUCUCCAGAGUGACUUUGCGCGUUUAUCGCAAUAAUUAACACCUUCAGAAGCCUAUUUAAGGCUUCUGACACUUUUAAUGUUUUUCAAGUUUUGAUAAAGAUGGCUGACAGUCAUAGAAACUGUCAGCAUCAUUAAGACGUUAAGACUGGCUAUGUUUUAAGAACAUUUAAAUCGACUUAGUGACGUAAGUACUUCGAGUCAAAAGAAUUUAUACCCUUCGGUCAAAUUAAUUUCAAAUACAUUGAAUAGGAUCGUCUUAAUGAAGACGUCGUCCUUAUGUGAGGCCAGGAGAGAUUCUAAGGUCCCUUUUUUGCGUUUUGUGAUGGCCAGUAUUUCUUGUAGUUUGUUCUUAAAGUUGUCUUGACUACCUUAUUUAGGGUUCGUGUAACGUUGAAUUCUGUGCUUCUUUCAUAGGUGUUUCGAGGAAAUUAUGAUAUCUAUCAUACGGUUUCGUUAAAGAUUAUUCCACCAAUAAGAGCACGGUUUUUGCGCAUUCAUCCCAAGUCUUGGCGCAGCUACAUCGCCAUGCGGGUUGAACUGUAUGGAUGUCGAUAUCGAGGUAAAUUCGAAGGCCUGUUACAAUUAGUGUACAUGUUGCUCGAAGCGUGGUAGUGAGCUUUUUUUGCAUUGCAUUUGUAAGCUAAAGGGGUGUCUUUGAUGUCAAGUUGUCUCCCGAGACAAGUAACCUUUCCUCACUUGCGCCCUCCAUCCCGACGUUUAGCAAAUUGUUAUAAUGGCGACCUAUUGCUGGGGUAAAUCAGCAAUAUCUGUAUCACAUAGCAUCUCAUUCAUGGACAAGAAAAGGCACUAUUUGUUAUUUUACUUUUCAGAGACCAGGUCAAGCUCUCUUGAAAGACUAUGCUUUCAAUGGCGGAGGUUGUUACUAUUGCUGAAAUUGUUUUUCUUGUUUGCAGGGGAAAGGUUUAUAUAUCGGUUUUGUAUCUUUCCGUGACCAACGAUACCAACACAAGAGCAGUGAUUGAACUCUGCAAGGCUAAUUUAUUUGUGUUCGUUUCCUCCUUUAAUCAGAGCGAUUCUUUGAUCAAGCCGUGGGAAUUCAAACAGGAAAGAUAAAGAACGCUGCCUUUACCGCUUCAUCGCAAUGGGACAAAUUCCACGCUCCUUUCCGUGCUCGACUGCACAUUCGGAAACAGGGUCGCUACAUUGGCGCGUGGGCUUCCCGCCCAAAUAACCACAACCAGUGGCUGAUGGUCGACCUGGGAAUUCCCACUGAGGUCACGGGCAUAGCGACUCAAGGAAGGCAGGAUGCUGCCCAGUGGGUGACAGCGUUUUGGGUUUAUUACAGUUUGGAUGGAAUGCACUUUUCAAGGGUCACGUAUUGGUGGGACUAUAUAAGGGUGAGUGUUUUAGAUCUUUUCAAACACUGAGAUUAAACGUGUCACCCAUUGACACCAAGAUGCACGUGUCAGCGUUCUGGGUUUAUUACAGUCUGGGUGGUAUGCACUUUUCAAGGGUCACGUAUUGGUGGGACUAUAUAAGGGUGAGUGUUUUAGGUCUUUUCAAACACUGAGAUAGAACGUGUCACCCAGUGACACCAAGAUGCACGUGUCAGCGUUUUCGGCUUUUUACUGUUUGGGUAGAAUGCACUUCACUGACAUUUUAUUUGCCACACAGUAACGACAAGCUGCUCGUGACAGUGUCUUGGGUCUAUUGCAGUUUGGAUGGAGUAUACCUUUCUGGGGUCGUAUAUGUCAGGGUGAAGUUUUAAGGUCUUUCGUGCAAGAAGAAUCUAGGUUGCGCACAAGCGUUGCAUAUCGAAGUGCGUUACUCCUCUCUAAAAGCUGACUCAACUCCGGCGGUAUGCCGAUUAUGGAUGAAUGUUCAUGGUUUAUUUUGUAACUACAGGAAGAAAACCUUUUUGAGGGCGUGCUGUUUUAACCAACUGCUAGUUUACUGAUUUUUUUCUUUGAUAUCGUUAUAUCUCAGACUUUUAGAGGAAACGUCGACCAGAAUGGCCUUCGAACGCAUUCCUUUAAUCCACCACUGUACGCACGAUUAAUAAAAAUCAACCCCCGUGGCUGGCGUUCUCAUAUCUCGAUGAGACUUGAGCUGUAUGGUGGCGCAUAUAGUAAGUGCAAAUGGUCCGGAUAUCUCUAUCUUUAUUGGCAGUAAUAACGACACUAGAACGUUACCUAAUCGUGCCAACAGAUGUAUAGAUAUCUGAACAAACAAAUGCCUUAUUUCUCAGUUCCAUUGUUAAACAACUGUUUUGAUGCGGCCUUUUCAUCAAGAAUCAUUGUUGUUCCUGUCGAAACCCUUUUUAAUGAAUCUAUUGCUGGGCUGGAUUGCUUAUGUCUCAUGUGUUCACUUUCUUUUUCCCUUUGCAGGCAAAUGCGAUGUUCCUAUUGGUUUGGAAGACCGUCGUGUACCUGACCAACUGAUAACUGCUUCCUCAUUCUACAACUAUUACUGCGCGCCACGGAACGCCAGGCUCCGUCAGAGACGCGUUGGGCGGCUUGGAGGGGCGUGGUGUGCUAAACGAAGUGACAGGCGUCAGUGGCUUAAGAUUGAUUUGGGAGGGCUUACUCGAGUGUCACGCAUUGCUUCUCAAGGUCGGCAAAAUUCUGACCAGUGGGUGACUAGUUACUAUGUGUCGUACAGCACCAAGGGAUACCGUUUUAUUACCUAUAAAGAGAACAGAAGGACAAAGGUGAGUGAGAGAUGAUCUCGCUAACUUUCCACAAGCCAUGUCUAUAACGUCUCAACAGUCAUGAAGCCAAUAAAACGCUUCGUAAGAUGUCGACGCGGUUUUACGCGGCGGAAUAGCUUGCACGCGAAUUAACUUGCGUUCCCGUCGUGUUGAUGAGGUGGUGGUAACCUUUUGAGAUUUUAACACUGCGUUAACAAACUAAGUCAAAAUAUUUGGGAUGUAAAGUAAUCUAGCUCUUAAUAUCUGAAGACAGAUAAUGUGCGCUUUUUACUUCAAAACGUUCAUUCUGUAAGCGAUAUUUGAACAUUGUUAAUAGGAAAGUUAACUUAUUAAGAGGCUGUCUCAGUAAAAACCGCCCACUCAAUUUCGCGUGAAAAAUAAUUUUGCCUGAAACUCUGGCGAGUGAAAGGCUUUAUCGAGACUAUAACUAAAAUAGGUUUGCUUUGAUUCACAAUAAUUUUCUGGCCGCGCUGGGAGGCGCCGAGUAUUUUGUCCCGCCGCGGCCAUUUUGCACGUCUUGAAAACUGGAAAUUUGGCAUUUUUUGCGGCGCUGUAAAAUGUUUGAUUUGCACCAUCUACCAAUGAAUUUUAUACCUAUUUAUAGGUAAACAUCUCUAGUUUUUCCUGAGAGAAAUAGUUAUCCGCUAAAUUUAGCUGGAAAGACGAAAUCAAGCAAAAUAUGACCCCAACUAAUUGCCUUGGAGCGAAAGGCCAAAAAUGACCCUGUUUUAAAAGCUUAUUUCUGACUUUUGGGACAUAGUUGAAAGCUCUAGACUAAAUAGACGCAAAGAUAGACCACCUGUUAUUAAUAAUAUACAAAACCCCAUGUACGUUUUCAGUAUAUUAAAAGUUAUGACCGUUUGUAUCAACGCGUAUGCGAGCUAAUACGAUAUUUUCAGAUUUAGCAUAACGGAUCUAUCUCAAGCAGAUUUUGUCAAAAGUACGGCUUACCUGAUUCAUUACUGGCACUGACUCACAAAUUGAGACAUAUUCCAAUCCCUGAGAUGCCGGACUCCAUAAAAUUCCAGUAAGCUGUGCUUUAGAAACUGCUGAUAUGCGGCCAUUUUUGAAUCCCAAGCUAACAAUCCGAAGGUCAAAACAAGUGAAACUGUGUCACGUUUCGAGCUAAACAGCUCGGUAAAACAACCGUUCAGAGGUGAACGUUUGCUGAAGAAUCAGAAAAUCAACUGGGAAGGUCUCAUUUUGCAUCAGAAAAUUGAGAUUUCAGAGCUACAACCUCGAAUAAACCUUCUAUUCAAUCGGCUCCGCAAGGUCAAAUGCAGGUUGACACGUAAACCGGAAAUGUUGAAACGCGGAAAUACGGAAAACCGGAAAUACGGAAAUCCGGAUCAUCCGGAAAUCGGCAAAUCUGAAAUCAAUCAGGAGCCGAAGGCAAUCCCAAAAAUUAGAGGCAGCUGCAUUCGUUUAGGGCUUCUUUUUGACGUUGAGACACGUAAAAGAUAAAACCUCCCAAACGGGCGUAGCUAUUUGAUUUUCACUGAACUGAAACGUAGUUCCACGAUCGAUUGCGUUUGGCAAAUAGGCUGCAAACAUUCUAUGUGCGCUAACAUAUCACACUUGUCACUAAUACUUUACAGAAGUUGGCUAUAUAUCGAAACUGAGUGUGUCGAGGUCUAGGAAACCAAGCCAGCUUGGUUGUCUGGGCUCAUUAGUAUAGAGGGUCCUUGAAAAUCGCUUGUUAAGGGGGCAUUCUGGUUGUUUUUUCGGGGGAAAUGAUGGUGAUUUGGGAAAGAAAUAAAUAAGAGUAGAAAUGGCAUGCACAUAAAGCAGUUAUUCAAUUAAUGGGAUUAGAGGCACUCCUUGUUGGAGUCUCCGGUAUUAAUUUUUCUUCUGAUUAUUCACUUCAUAUUUUAAUUUCUAACAACCCCCAAAUCAAGAGAGAAUGAUCCAAAUCCAAUAUUUUCCAACUUUUCCAACAUUUUUAACAUCCUCCCUAAUUUUUAUACAUUAAAAAGAUUCGAAGAAUCAUCCAGAAAUUCUCAAAAAAAUAUUGAACCAAGGACUCCAUCUUAAUUGAGUCAUUUUUUGAUUCACGGAUAACUUGGACAGCGGAUAACGCGAGGAGAGCAGAGGAAAGUCAUUUGGAUUAUAGGGUAUGGUUGCAAGAAACUCCCAUGAUUUAAUCUAGAGUAGCUUUAAGAAAGGAAUUAAUUCUGUACCGUGUUUAGACCUUAAGACCAAUAUUUACACCGAAUGGUGACACUAGUGGCAAGUCGAUGCGACUUUGUUUUAGGAUUAGCUACAAAAUACCAUUAAAUGGUCGAAAAAAUAAUCCUACAUUUGUCGAUAAAUUUGGGUUUUCUGACCCAAAACGAAAUCUGCGUAGCUGAUGUUUUGAUUCUCGGACAAGUCUCACCUCCGGACAUUUCUCUUAUUUUCUUUCUUACCCAGCUAUUUAUCUCUAAACGUGACAUUCCGUAAAAUUCCGAAAAUAAGCCCCGGGUCUUAUAUUUUUCAAAGGCCCUUUUUGAGGGGCUUAUUUUUGGACGGGCUUAUAUUCGGAGGGGCUUAUGUACGGAGGGAAAUUUGAGUUUCAAAAUCGAUUGGGCUAGCAUAUAGUUGGAAGGAAAUUAACCGUUUUUGCUUUGCUUUACUUUGUAUUUGAGGGCAAUUUUCCAAGUACAAGUCCCCGGGGGGCUUAUUUUCUGAGGGGCGAUUUCACGGAGGGUUUUUUGUGUUACGAGUUUAGGGGUCUUAUACAUGGAAGGGCUUAUUUUCGGAAUUUUACGGUAGUUUCAGCAUGGAAUUCAAAUAUGGCCGCAUACCAGCAGUUUCAAAAGCGCAUUUACUAGAAUUUUGAAUCAAAUAUCGGUCAAUUUUUUAGUAAGUGCCAGUAAUGAAUUAGGUAAAGUUUGGGAGGAGACGGAGGAGGAAAAUCCAGUUCCUGUUGUAAAAAUAGUCAAAGGGACGGGAGAAGAUUCAGGAAGAGGAUCAGUACACUGUGAAGAAGGCUUUCUCCCAUUCACUCAAGCCUUCCCUAACCCCCUCUAGGUAAUGAUCGGUUUCUUAAAAACUUACUCACCAGCCGGGACUAUUUAUCCGCUCUUACAAGCGAUUUUCAAGGGCCUGUAUACUAAUAAGCCCAGACAACCGAGCUGGCUCGGUUUCCUAGAUCUCGACACAUUCAGUUUCGAUAUAUAGCCAACUUCUGUAAAGUAUUAGUCACAAGUGUGAUAUGUUAGCGCACAUAGAAUGUUUGUAACCCGUUAAUGAUAUUUACUGUUUCAUAUGGAGCCUAUUUGCCAAAACGCAAUCGAUGGUGGAACUGCGUUUCAGUUCAGUGAAAAUCAAACAGCUACGCCCGUUUGGGAGGUUUUAUCUUUUACGUGUCUCAACGUCGAAAAGGAGCCCUAAACGAAUGCAUCUGUCUCUAAUUUUUGGGAUUACCCUCGGCUCCUGAUUGAUUUCAGAUUUGCCGAUUUCCGGAUGAUCCGGAUUUCCGUAUUUCCGGUUUUCCGUAUUUCCGCGUUUCAACAUUUCCGGUUUACGUGUCAACCUGCAUUUGACCUUGCGGAGCCGAUUGAAUAGAAGGUUUAUUCGAGGUUGUAGCUCUGAAAUCUCAAUUUUCUGAUCCAAAAUGAGACCUUCCCAGUUGAUUUUCUGAUUCUCGAGCAAACGUUCACCUCUGAAAGGUUGUUUUACCGAGCUAUUUAGCUCGAAACGUGACACAGUUUCACCUGUUUUGAUCUUCGAAUUGAUAGCUUGGGAUUCAAAAAUGGCCGCAUACCAGCAGUUUCUAAAGCACAGCUUACUGGAAUUUUAUGGAGUCCGGCAUCUCAGGGAUUGGAAUAUGUCUCAAUUUGUGAGUCAGUGCCAGUAAUGAAUCAGGUAAGCCGUACUUUUGACAAAAUCUGCUUGAGAUAGAUCCGUUAUGCUAAAUCUGAAAAUAUCGUAUUAGCUCGCAUACGCGUUGAUACAAACGGUAAUAACUUUUAAAAUACUAAAAACGUACAUGAGGUUUUGUAUAUUAUUAAUAACAGGUGGUCUAUCUUUGCGUCUAUUUAGUCUAGAGCUUUCAACUAUGUCCCAAAAGUCAGAAAUAAGCUUUUAAAACAGGGUCAUUUUUGGCCUUUCGCUCCAAGGCAAUUAGUUGGGGUCAUAUUUUGCUUGAUUUCGUCUUUCCAGCUAAAUUUAGCGGAUAACAUUUACUUUCAGGAAAAACUAGAGAUGUUUACCUAUAAAUAGGUAUAAAAUUCAUUGGUAGAUGGUGCAAAUCAAACAUUUUACAGCGCCGCAAAAAAUGCCAAAUUUUCAGUUUUCAAGACGUGCAAAAUGGCCGUGGUGGGACAAAAUACUCGGCGCCCCCCAGCGCGGCCAGAAAAUUAUUGUGAAUCAAAGCAAACCUAUUUUAGUUAUAGUCUCGAUAAAGCCUUUCACUCGCCAGAGUUUCAGGCAAAAUUAUUUUUCACGCGAAAUUGAGUGGGCGGUUUUUACUGAGACAGCCUCUUAAGAUUUUUUAGCAAAAUGGUCUUUCAACAAAUAUUUUACCUGGCAAUGUUUUAUUCAUGUUUUCUUAGAUUUUCCAAGGAAACUUUGACCGCUACAUUGUGGUUCAGCACCGGUUUAUCCGACCGUUAACCGGUCGUUGCUUCAAGGUGCAUCCAGUCACGUGGCGUAGUUGGAUUUCCAUGCGAGUUGAGCUCUAUGGUUGCGUCAUUGGUGAGUAAUUUAGAUUAAUAUUUUAAUCAAUUUAACUUUCGGAAUUAAUGUUGUAUGCGUAGAGAUAAUCGGCGAUAAGGUACCUUUAGUAGGAAAUCAAACCAAACUUUUGUACGGGUGAAUGUAGUGGCAUAACCAGUUAUUCAUGAAGUAAGGUAUAUAGCUUACAUAACAGACCGAAUCAGUAUUGACAAGGAAAAGACUGAGAUAAUAGGUUAAAGAGUCAUCAGCAUUUAAGUGUAGUUACUCACCUAUACUCUAAUGAGAUUAUGAUUGAGAGACUCCAGGUUAUGACCGUUAUGUAUUUCUGUACCCUUGUUUAAAAGCUUCCUAUCCAAAAAAGGGGUCAACGCAGUUCCUGUUUUACUACUCGCCUAAUAGUAUUUUUUUUGUUUGUUUAAACUGUGCUUUUCUUGAAAUAUUGAAACCUUGGUAAUAAGUCUUGUUUCGCCUUACCCUUUCUAGGUCCAAGGUGCGACAGGCCGCUAGGAAUGAAAAACGGCCGUAUUCGCUCCAAUCAAAUAACCGCCUCAUCCAGCUGGGAUCGUAAUCACGGACCGGGUAACGCGAGGCUGCAUUGGCGCAAGAGUCGCGCUCGAGUGGGGGCUUGGUCCACGCGUCAUAAUAACCAUUACCAGUUUUUACAAGUAUAUUUUAAACGUCCCACGCGUGUGGUGAAGAUCGCCACACAAGGGAGACAAGAUGCGCGUCAGUGGGUCACGAAGUACUUCGUGGCUUACAGUCAAGACGGUGCAAAUUUUGCCGAGUAUAAAGAAAAUAGUAAUCGAAAGGUUCGUUGGGUGGCUUGUAUGAUUUUGCACUUAGUUUUAAUUAUUGCGAGCACUGAAGAGGCUGACUUUAACCAUUUGGAUCAAUUCUGAAAUGCAUGCUUAUUUUUUACACUAGAAGUUAAUGUGCGAUCAACUUAAAUAUAUUUUCCGUCUUCCCUGAUUUGCUUAACCCUUUCACUGGCAGAGUGUUUGACAGAGUUUUGUAAGGUGACUGUAACUUUUGAGUCUGUGGACGAAAUCCUAUGAUGUGAGCAUUCAAAUGAAAGCUCUGUGCCUGUACUUACACAUGAUCCUAUUUGUUUGUCAAAAUUUUAGAAAAUAAAAAUUGGAAAUUUGGUCGAGAUUUGCCUUUGGCCACAUUUGGCAGUGAAAGGGUUAAAUCGUAAAACGACCUGCACCUUUGGAAUUGAUUACACAAUUGCUGUCUAAUCAUUAAACGUAACCUACUUUAUUUUCGUUGUCUUUUCAGUAUAUCACUGGGAACAGGGACCAAAACACAGUCGUGCAAUACAGAUUCUUUCCACCAAUCAAAGCGAGGUUUAUUCAGAUUCGCCCAUGGGGUUGGUACCGACACAUCUCCAUGAGAGUGGAAUUCUACGGAUGCGCUGAAGGUAGAAAUGGUUUUGUUAUGUAUGGAUCAUUUUGUCGCAGGACGCGUUUUGGACGCGUUUAAAACGCAUUUUGAUGUCCGUUUAUGACCCUCUUGAUACACAGUUGAGUCGUUUCUAGUUGGCUUCUAGUUGUCGCAUUUUUUAGUCCUUUAGUGCACGUCUGAGUCAUUUUCGAGUCAUCUUGAGCGCGUUCGAGUUGCAAGAGCACACCCCGGCUCCACAGGCUGUGGAGUGGUUCAAGAACGACGUUGGUCUCGUUUGGAACGCUUUUACAGCGCGUUCCAGGUCCUCAUGUGCAGCUUUUUCAUUGUACUUUUAGCUCAGCGCGUGUGAGAUACGUUUUGGGUGCAUUUGAGGCAUAGGACUUAAAGAGCUUAUUUGAAUGGAUUAUUCAUUCUUCUCAUUACAGACCGUUGUAACAUGCCUCUUGGCUUAGAAGACAAGCGACUCACACCAGGCGAUAUAUCAGCCUCAAGUUACUACAAUGCCUACCUUGCACCGUGGUAUGGCCGUUUAAACCACAUCUACUCUUGGAGUGUGCGCACUAGAAACAGCAAGCAGUGGAUGAAGGUUAACUUUGGUGACGUAAUGCGUUUUAAAGGAAUAGCGACCCAAGGAAGAUCAAAUGCCAAUCAAUGGGUGAUGAGUUAUGUUGUGACGUAUAGUGGAGAUGACGUCACUUACGUUCCUUAUAAGGAAAGAAGACGCGUAAAGGUGAGAGAUAUGCUGUUUUUAGUUUCAAAACCCUCUCUUCUCCACUCAUAGUAUUAUAUGUAUGUAACCAUCGAAACCUGUGAAAAAUGUUUGUGUUUUACCCUUUAUUUACAGGCGUUCUAUUUAGAAUUCAACGAACUAACCCUGAAAGAUCAUAGAACAUGAAUCCACUUACGUUUUCACGAAUGCUUUUACCCUUAAAUUUGGUUACACUCUGAAAUAGCUAAUGCGUAUUAUUUAUUUUAUUUUUUGGUAGAUUUUUUCAGGCAAUAGUGACAGAAAUUCUGUAGUAUAUCAUCGUUUUUUNCACUAGAAACAGCAAGCAGUGGAUGAAGGUUAACUUUGGUGACGUAAUGCGUUUUAAAGGAAUAGCGACCCAAGGAAGAUCAAAUGCCAAUCAAUGGGUGAUGAGUUAUGUUGUGACGUAUAGUGGAGAUGACGUCACUUACGUUCCUUAUAAGGAAAGAAGACGCGUAAAGGUGAGAGAUAUGCUGUUUUUAGUUUCAAAACCCUCUCUUCUCCACUCAUAGUAUUAUAUGUAUGUAACCAUCGAAACCUGUGAAAAAUGUUUGUGUUUUACCCUUUAUUUACAGGCGUUCUAUUUAGAAUUCAACGAACUAACCCUGAAAGAUCAUAGAACAUGAAUCCACUUACGUUUUCACGAAUGCUUUUACCCUUAAAUUUGGUUACACUCUGAAAUAGCUAAUGCGUAUUAUUUAUUUUAUUUUUUGGUAGAUUUUUUCAGGCAAUAGUGACAGAAAUUCUGUAGUAUAUCAUCGUUUUUUGAGAUCGUUCAGUGCCGCUUACGUGAAGAUUCAUCCACGGACAUGGUACGGCUGGAUUUCAAUGAGAGUCGAGCUCUAUGGCUGUGCAAGUAAGUUAUCCAUUUUGUUUCUGACAGUUAAUGAUGGAAAACUGUAAAUUAAGAAGACUUCUUACCUCAAAUCAAGAGAUUUAAUCUUCGGAGGUUCGGAGAGAAGCUGUAUCAACAACUCAUGCAAAGCAGUGUUAUUCCUAGAAACCUCAAGGUCGGUUUAGGAAAGUGGUUGUGUCUCUUUUUCGAAUCUUUAUGUCACUGUCUGCAUUUCAAAUGAAAUAGUCCCUUUUACAAAUAAAAUAUAACUUAAACGUGACUUUGUUAAAAUUCUGAUUUAAGAAUAGGGAUGGUAUUCCCUAGGACUUCAACCUUCCACGCCUCAAACCAGUUAUGUCUCAAAACUCUCACGGGAAAGGAUUAAAGAAUUUACUUUACAAGUGACCAUCUUAAGCCGUUAACAAGUGGUACAAGUUGUAGUCAUAGUGAUGUAGGAGGUUUAAUCUUAAGGUCUCUUAAGGUGCUUUCAAGGGUAUUGGGUCUUAAGUUUCAAUUAUGAUGAUGCUUAUUUUCUUUUUAAGGACCCCUCUGUAACACUGCCUUGGGCUUACAAAGCGGUCGCCUGCGAAACAACAAGAUCAGUGCUUCAUCCGAGUACAAUGUCUACCAUGGGGCGAGACUCGGGAGGCUUGGACGAAAGAAACGAGGGAGAUAUGUAGGGGCCUGGUGCACUAGAGCCAAUAACAGGAACCAGUGGCUCAAGGUGGACUUCAGUCGACCAAUGAAAAUCACAAAAAUUUUGACACAGGGAAGGCAAGACGCUGCCCAGUGGGUGACUUAUUAUAAAGUGUCUUCAAGUUUAGAUGGGGUACACUGGCAAGUAUAUCGAUUCAAAAACAGCGACAAGGUAAUUGCUUGGAAAAGUUGGGUAUUGUUCAUCUUGGCUAAGUACGUUAAUAAAGUAGAUAGAUUAAAUAGAUAGUAGAUGAUUAAAUUACAAAAAAAAUUAAUAAAGUAGAUUAUCGUUCGUCUUUCAAUGUCGUCAGUUGAGUUAUAAUUCGCGACACUUUUAUUGCAUACUGCUAUUCUUCAGUAUGAGGUCGACUUCAACUGAGCGCGUGUCGCCUUAUUAAGUGUAGAGGUCUGCUGUGACUAGUGGAAAUUGAUUGGAGGAGAAGGCGUUUCCUCCAGAUUCGAUUUUCCACUUUGGUCUCCUAUUGAGUUUCUUGAUCGUGCACAUCUACACCUUCGAAAUCUUAACAAAACUUACCGAGUUCUAUACUGAAGAUUACAAUUUAAAAAAAAGAAAAGAACUUUUAUAUUUUUUUGUUAUUAUAGUAAGACCCUGUGUUUCAUUUAAGUUUAUAGAAUCUAUUAUAUUUUCAUGGGGCAUUUUUCUUGGCAGAUUUUCCGUGGUAACAACGAUCAAAACAGCAUCAAAAUACAAGCCCUUACUCCUCCAGUGUACGGGCGCUUCAUCCGCAUUCACCCGUGGAGUUGGUACAGGCACAUUUCAAUGAGAGUGGAAUUUUACGGAUGCAAAACCGGUCAGUUGGAAGACCUUAUUCUACGCAUUUUUUUGUAAUGUUCCUCACAUGAUAUUCCAAUGCCGUAUAAGUUAUCAACAAUGUGCCUUUUAGCAGCUCUAUAGCCUCCCACGUUGACGCUCAUUUAUUGUCUCGUUACGCAAUCCUCCCCAACGAGCGUGAAGGCAGCGUGGCCGAGCUGUUUGAGCGCUGGACUUGCAAUUCGGAGGUCCCGAGUUCAAGUCCCGCCCUGACCGUUAGCUGGAUUUGUUCACGGUAUUCCCGAGUUCCAAUCCUCUACCACUCUUGUAAAUAGCCAGCUGGUUCGCCUCCGGCCUGCUGGGAUUCUUAACCCGUUUAUGUUACAUAUGAAAUAAGUUGAGUGCCAGUUACUUGUCACUUGUUCAUUCCUUUCAACAUCUUCAAGCCUUGCACUAUGAGUGAAAGAUAGGACCAACUGUAUAAUUUUUGGUAUUAUCUUUUUGCCUAGAUCCCUGCGAUAUUCCGUUGGGAAUGCAAGAUGGCCGAAUUACCCCAUCGAUGCUUACUGCCUCCUCCAUGUACAAUCAUUAUUAUGGUCCCUGGAAUGCCAGACUUCAUGCACGAAACUACGGUUCCACGAGGGGAGGAUGGAUAGCUAAAUACCGGAAUAGGAAUCAAUGGCUUCAGAUUGACUUUGGGACCAAGUCACGCGUGAAAAGAAUCUGUACUCAAGGACGCUACGAUGCUAAUCAGUUUGUGAAAUCCUAUACUGUGUCGUUCAGUGUAAAGGGAGACAAGUUUGUUCCAUAUAAGGAGGGGAGGAGAACGAGGGUAUGUAGAUUAAGAAGUUAUAAGAAGUUGUGAAAGUGUACUGCAGUAAUACCAUACCCCUCCCGAGUAUCUUCUUCCUGUUAAAAGAAAAAAAAAACAUGGGUGAAUCGUGUACAUAACAACUUCCUGUCUAAUCAGAGCUUUAGUAUUUAAUAAAUCGUGGCUGAGAUUCCUAGGCAAAACUAUCCAAACCUUAAGAUUGAAAUAAUCACCAGAUCUACGGGAAAAGUUUUGAAGCCGUUCAGUAAACACGCACUUUGUUUUUGUAACAACUGAAAAUUUCUAGGUUUACUUUUAAUUUGAUUCUUCAGUGUAAGUUUUAAGUUUAUUUCUUGGAGAUUAAUUCCGUGAAAGACAAUUUUGAGAUUUCUUCCGACUCUCUCAAUGACAUACUAUUUUAAUGCUUUAAUUCAAAUUUAGUUGUUUCAGGCUAAUAUCGAGAGAUACUAUGUGGUCUGCCAUCGCUUCUUUAGACCGUUCAUUGCUCGCUACGUGCGCAUAAAUGUUAGGAGUUGGUAUAGCUACAUAUCCAUGAGGGUCGAACUGUUCGGCUGCAGACUGGGUAAGAGGCAACUUUCUUUACAUUUUAGCUUAAACACUUAUAGGCGUGUUAUUCUAGGUUGUGUCAUCGCGUUUUUCAUUUAGGCAAGGUUUCUUCAUUAUCGUCUUGAUUGUCAUGGUAGGUCCAAUUGUCGUACACGGUUUUUUAACGAUGGAGAUCACCCAGGCAACUUUGUGUAUUCUAUAUUAUCGCCUCGAACGUCCAGACAGUCCUCAGGCCUACCUAGGCAACUGACAUCGCCCCAAUUGUCCGGAUCGAUUCGGUUGGAAAGAGAGGUGUUUUCAUAUAACAUUCUCGAUCACGAUCGCCGGUCAGGUGAUCCAAUCGUUCACUUUUCAUGAGCUGUUCAUGGAGUAUUGAUGUUUCCCAUACAGGUAAACAGUGCAACCAGCCAAUGGGAUUACAGAAUGGCCGUCUCAGGAACACUCAAAUGACAGGGUCUUCUCAAUGGAACAAAUACCACGCGCCCUUCCUGGGGCGGCUCCAUCGCACACGCCACGGGAAGUACGUUGGAGCCUGGUGCGCGCGAAGCAACAACCGGUAUCAGUACCUACAGGUCGACUUUAAAAGACCAGUCAAGAUAAUCAAGUUAUCAACCCAGGGAAGGCAAGAUGUCAGUCAGUGGGUCACGCAGUAUUACAUUAAACACAGCGUUAACGCCAUCAAUUUCGUCGAGUACAAAGAACGUAAUAGUAGAAAGUAUUUCACUGGAAACCGAGAUCGUAACACCGUGGUGACAAAUCCAUUCAAUCCUGCCAUUCGCGGUCGAUACAUCCGAGUUUGUCCUUGGGGAUGGUAUAGGCACAUUUCCAUGCGUGUGGAGUUCUACGGCUGCUUUACGGGUGAGGAUUUUGCAGAUCGUACAUUUAACAAAUCGACCAUACAAAUGACGUCAACAUGUUCAAAACUCAAGUGGAACCAAGAGCCACAGGCGAGUGGUCUCACUGCAAAGUUUUAACAUUUUGACGUCAUUUCAAUUGUCGAUAAGGGUACAGACCAUGGAUAGUUGUUGUCGAUUAUUUGACCUUGACGGUUUUGAAGUUGUAGUUUUUCGGAAAAACGCGCGCGCGAGAAAAAGAAAUACAAAAUUGCACGAUCAUGACGUCAUUGUCAUCGUCUGUACUCAUAUCUACCAUAGCUCUCUAACCUCGUUACGGGGUUAAUAGCUGUCGACCACUGAUCAGCGUGCGAGAAAUCACUCCGUUAUUGAAAAAUAUGUGAUAGCUUGCUCAUUUUGUUCUCCGUAUUAUAUGUUUUUAAAGUUUAGUUGUUAUGGUUAGCUGGUUAGAGUUAGCUCAUAGCUUGUAAGAAAUUUUCUUUUUAGUUUCCACCCUUUUUUUCUCGAAAUUUGCGACCACCAUAUUGUUUUAGUUCUUCAUUAUGACUCUUUGUCGUCUUUGAUUUACCCCAGAUCGUUGCAGCUUGCCCCUCGGUAUGGAAGACCGACGAAUACUAUCGGGAAAUCUUCGGGCGUCGUCUUCGUACAACUACAAUCACGGACCCGACCGAGCGCGUCUGAACAUCUACGCCAGUCACGGGCGAACAGGAGCCUGGGUAGCGAAAUAUCGCAACACGAAGCAGUGGCUACAAAUUGACUUGGGGCAGAUGUGUAUCGUUAAAGGUAUUGCUACACAGGGACGCCGAAAAGGUCAUUUGGAGUGGGUGAAAAGCUAUGUGCUCUCCUACAGUAAAGACGGACUACGCUUUAGGGCUUAUUCAGUGGGUGGACGACUCAAGGUGUGUUUUAAACAGUUUAUUCGACUAUGUGCGUUCUAUAGUGAUUUCAUUUGUAAUUGGCUUAAAACGUUUGUGUUACUCUUCUGACCAGAGAGAAGAAGAGUAAAAAAACGGCCUUUGCUCCUUGCUCUGCUUGCAGCUUCCUUUUCCUACUUUGGUACAGGCCUCUUGUUUUUCUUAAAGUUUGUUUUGGAUUCUACCACUGUUUCAAAGUAGUAGCCGUGGUUUAACAAAACAAGUCUCUGAUGGUCAUUUUUUCCUAUUGUUUAGAAAAGGAGAGAAAUACGUGUGGUCUUCGAGGCGCUGAACAAGAAUAGUCAUACUUAACUAGAUUUGUAUGUCGAAAACAAAAAACACAAAAUUCAGUCAAGGCGCGAACAGCAGUCCUUCAUUUGCAAUCAUUUGAUGAUAUUACACCACAACAAACAAGGUGAUAUAAUAAGAAUAAGAUCUUUGGAAUUCAUAUCUUUUUUUGACCUUGUAGAGAUUCCGCGGGAAUUACGAUGUUUAUCACACUGUUGCUCAGAGGAUAUCACCAAACUUAAGGGCACGGUACGUAAGAAUCCACCCAAAGACCUGGAGGUCGCGUAUCGCUAUGAGAAUCGAGCUGUAUGGGUGCCGGUAUAAAGGUAAGAAGGACAUGGCUACCCGCGUUUUUCCUCCGUAAUGCGCCUACAUCAGAGACCGUACGAAACUACGACGGCGACGGCAAUGGGAACGUCAAAAAAAGCAAUAGAUUUAAUGAGCAAAAAAAAACAGCUCUGUACGUGCAUCACACCUUUUUGCGACUUUCUUUGCUGUCCCUGUACAACUACCACGUGGAAUGACCAGAUAUUAAGUUUUGAUGAGAACGGCAACGGCAAAGCGAUAAAUUCUACCAUCUCUGUCUGAACUCGCGCGCGGUCCUCUCUCUUCAGCUCCGACCAAAAUUCCCUUAUUUUAAGUAACAGGACGACUUGGGAUAAUCGCGAAAAGGAAGUUUGAAAGGAUGCGAAGUCUAUUUUUCCUCGCGUUUUCAUGGACGUCACCGUUGCUGGAUCGUAAGGUCCCUAAUGGUGGUGCUAUACAAACAGUGUUUGCAAUAACUGUGAUAUUUUAAAACUGCGUCUUAAGUAAAGCGCUAAAAUGUUACUUUUCCAAAAUGUUACAGAACGACUGUGUGACAGAGCCCUUGGUAUGCAAAGUGGCAGAAUCCGAAACCGUGCCAUCAAAGCUUCGUCACAAUGGGACAACAACCAUGCCGCCUACCUGGGCAGAUUAAAGCGUUUGCGUCGUGGAAAGCUUAUGGGGGCGUGGUCUGCCCGCCAUAACAACUAUAACCAGUGGAUCCAAGUUGACCUUAGAAAGUCAAUGAAAGUAACUGGUGUGGCCACUCAGGGUAGAGAGGAAACAAGCCAGUGGGUUACAGCAUUCUAUGUGCUGUACAGUUCGGAUGGAGUCAAGUUUGCUAAGGUUAAAGAUUGGUGGGAUGUUACAAAGGUGAGCAUCGUAAAAGGAAUCGUUUUUUUUUAAGAGAUAGCGCGAGUGAACAAGCCGAAAAAGAGGUGCUUAUCGGUUCCUUAGUUCUGCUGGUAAACAUUAGUGUUAAACGUGUGUUCUCUUGUGAAAAUUUUUUUCUCCAAAUUUCCUUCACAGUGAUCUGAGCAAAUUUGUUCUAAAUUCAGUUUUAUAAUCUUAACGACAACAUAUUUACAGUACCACAACGUAGUGAAAAUAAAGGUACGCAAUAGGUAAGCAUAUCCACCGACUUAUAGUGCUCAGCAUUAGCCAUUUUCAUAUAAUACGGAUAAUAAGGUUUACCAUACGGCACUUAUGCUAUCUUUUUUCAGUCUUACCAUCCACAUAGGUACAUAUAAACCCUCUUGGAUGUUUUUUUGUUUCAAUUUCUGACUUUUUCUAAUCAAGCCACUUUGUUGUAGACUUUCCCAGCCAACGUGGAUAGGUAUUCUGUGCGUAAUAAUCCUUUACCGUAUCCAAUAUACGGACGGUUUGUUCGUUUGCAAGUGCGUGGCUGGAGAUCGCAUAUUUCAAUGAGGCUGGAACUUUACGGAUGCCCUUGGAGUAAGUUUUAUAACUCGUUUCAGUAGAAGGUGUGGUAUCGCUGUCGUGAGAAAACAUGUAGUUACAAGUGUUGAUGAGAGGAAUCGGUUUGAUGAGAUUGGCAAGGGGUCAAACAAUAUAAUACUGAUGUAACGAACACACUAAAAACGUGCUUAACAAUAAAAAAAGUGACGAAAUGGAUACCACCUUUUUAAAUGAUUUUCAUUUGGAAUUUUGGUACAUAGAUUUCACUCAGUCCCUCCUCCUAAAUAAAGUCAAGUGCGUUUAACACAACCAGUGCCCAAAACAGUGCAGUUAGUAGCCCAGUUAGUAUGAAGUAUAACAGUAAUUAAUAAAUAAUGAAAUUUGCUCUAUUUUACUCAUAGCAGCUCAAACCUGCUAUAACAUCAACCUUUUUCAUUAGGUCGUUAUGACGUUCCCCUUGGCAUCGAAGACGGCCGUUUUCCAGAUCAACUGAUCACUGCUUCCUCAUUCUACAACUACUACUGUGCGCCACGAAACGCUAGGUUGCGUCAGAGGCGCGUGGGACGGUACGGUGGAGCAUGGUGCGCGCGGCGUAGUGUCAGAAACACGUGGCUCCAGUUUGACUUUGGAGGGCGUACUCGCGUUACACGCGUUUGCACGCAAGGCCGUCAAAAUGCUGAUCAAUGGGUCACUAGUUAUUAUGUGAAGUACAGCAAAAGUGGUCAGCGGUUUAUCCCAUACAGAGAGGGACGUCGUACAAAGGUAGAGUGCAGUCGGUUUCGCUCCUUACUCGAUUUGAUCACCGGCGAUUCUCAACCUUUUUACCAAUCUAUUGUAGUCCAUUUUACUACUAUUCCCGUGUUACUAAGGUUACUUUCAGUGUUAGUUAUACUUCAAAUUAAGCUGUAACAUUUUCCGAGCAUAAUGAUUUUGCUUUUUCGCUUUUUUUUAGAUAUUUGCUGGUAAUUACGACCGAUAUAUCGUAGUGUGCAAUCGAUUCAUCAGACCGAUAUCGGGGCGAUACUUCAGGAUUUACCCGACCACUUGGCGUAGCUGGAUUUCUAUGAGAGUUGAGUUCUAUGGCUGUGCUACUGGUAUGUGUAUGAGUCUUACAGCUGGUGUCUUGUAGAAGCACCAGACAGAUUAAGCAUCACAUUAACCCUCUAAUCACCAACCCCCCAGGAUCCAGAUUACAGACUGAUCUCUAUACAUUCCUUAAAGAAUUAGUUAAAGAUCAAAAGAGUUUCCCUUUGGUGCAAUUUAUCAAUUCUCAUUACCUUUGAUCUUGAUUAUGCAAUGAUAGCGGAGCGUCCGGGCGCGCGAAGCGCGUGCGGAGCGGAGCCCCAUAGCUAAAGAAUAUUGGAAGCCUAUGGAUCCGAAAAAAUUUGGUUAUGACGUCAGCGUACGAUCGAACGCCCAUCGUCCGUACAGACUCUGAGGGCAGGGGUGAAAAAACUCAGUAGGGUAGGGGAAAAAAGAAAGAAAGAAAAUUGAUCUGUUCAUUUUUGGGACUUAAAGGGUUAACGGAAAACGCCAAGACCUUUUUCAACUCAUCAUCUAGUUUAGUACUCUUUCAUUAAUACUGGUUUCUAUAUCCUUAUUUCAAAGCAAACGUAGAAAACAAGCCUCAAAUACUCGAGUUGAGGUCACUGAAAGGCCUUUGUCUCAGGGCCUAUUAUGGACGCCUGCUUACACAUAUUUUCCUGAGGGUUGUCGCUCCAGUUACAAUUUGCCAAGGUGCAUUAGCUCAAAAAGAUAAAUUAACUUACCACUUUUAUGUUUUUUAACGCCCCAAAGCCUUUUGUCUCAGUUCUGUUUUUCAUUAACCAGGUCCAAGGUGCAACAAGCCUCUGGGAAUGCAAAGUGGCCGCAUUCGACAUACGCAGCUAUCUGCCUCUUCAAGCUGGGACGUAAACCACGGUCCGCGUAACGGACGAUUACAUUUCCGCCGCACAGGUUCCAGGAUGGGGGCAUGGUGCGCUCGACACAAUAAUCGAUACCAGUGGUAUCAGGUGGACUUCGGUCGGGCCAUGCGUAUUGUCAAGAUUGCCACAAUGGGACGACAAGAUUAUGCUCAGUGGGUAACGCAAUAUUUUGUCACGUACAGUCAAGAUGGCGCAAGCUUUGCUGAGUACAAGGAAAACAGUAACAGAAAGGUAAGAAGGUUUUUUAAUUACGCCUUUAGCAAACCUUAACCAACUAGUAAAAGAUUUUACUGCCGCAAAAAGAUUGAGUGGUAGCCAUCGUCAGAGCUAAAAAAUACAUCGACUGUUAAUUUUCCACUUUCUGUAAUAGAAAAUAAAAGGAGAAAGUGCCCCGUGUGAGGAUCGAACUCACGACCUUCAGAUUUCUACUUUGGAUUAUGAGACUGACGCGCUGCCUACUGCGCUAACGAGGCACUGUUGUUAUUUGAGCUGUUUUCUUGGGUUUUUUGCUAUUUGCUAUCUCUAUUUUAUAAACAGGCGCACUUUCUGUUGCAAAGCUGGAGCUUUCCUGUAACUCCACGCGCUCCCCUCAUUGGCUACACCAUAGUCACAUAAUAUCUAACAAUGAAGCUAUUUCCCGCCAAAAGUUCCUGAGCGGACAAUAUCACAAAAUCUAUGACUUUAAAAGGUUAUAGUACACUGUGCACCCGUGAAUGUUUGCUGCCAUUUUGUUUUUCAUUUAAAUAUAAUAAUGCCUUUGUUGUGGUAUUUAGCAGAUCAGUGAUUCGCGCCCCAGUUUCUUGGAAAAAAUUAACUAUAUCUCUGCGGACCAGUUCUUAAGUGUGUUAUCUUCUCCUACAGUAUUUCAGUGGGAAUCGAGAUCAGAACAGUGUGGUGCAGUAUCGCCUUUUCCCGCCAAUAAGAGCUCGUUUUAUACGCGUACAUCCUUGGGGAUGGUAUAAGCACAUAUCAAUGAGGAUGGAGUUUUAUGGAUGUCCAGAAGGUGAGAGUGCGUAAUUCAAAUCGAUCAUCGCCAGUUUUUAAUAACUGUACUAUGCACUUAUGGUGGCCACAGGUCAGGAGAUUUUCAGGGAAAAAAAAAUUCUUCAAGGUCAGAGAAAGUUCAGGGAAUUUCACUUCGAGUCAGGGAAAAUUUAAGUCUUGGAAAGAAGUCAGGGAAAAGUGAAAUUUUAAGAGUACGUAAUUAUUUUUUCCCUCUACUUUUGUUGUUUUCUGACAGGUGAAAUUCGUUUGUACAUUUUACGGACAUGGAUCAUGUUGUAUUGGUAGAAUAUUGUUCAUGAAACUGAACGACAAGCUGUGUUGGGUUUUCAAGAAAAUCAGUCCUUUUUGCACAUAUUGUCAAGGAAUUAUCAAUUCAAGUACACUGCACAUGACUUAAUGAAAGCAAAAAUAAAUGGGUGGAGAAGAUGGCUGCGAGGGGAGGGUUGUGAAAUUGUUAAUUCAGUUGGUUAGAGAAAUUUUCCAUUUGUGAGGGUAAAGUCAGGGACAUCGCUCCCUUAAACUGUUAUAUUUUAUUUAUUCACAAUGUAUUUAGUAGGAGACGCUUUAGAAUCCUGCCGCAAUCGACGCAAUGUUGACUGUUAAUUUUGUUAACACCCCUCUAAACAUCCCCCUAAAUAAUAAUAAUAAUAAUAAUAAUAAUAAUAAUAAUAAUAAUAACAAUAAUAAUAAAGCAGUAAUGAGAAGUAAAUAUGGAGAAAAUAUGAAUGGUCAUUCUUCAUCCUUGCCAUCGCUGUUGAUUCUAAACGAUAAAAUAGUGUUUUCGUUAGGUUUUAUAAACUGACGAGCGUCGAAGAUUAUAUUGUAAUCUACUACUCUCCCCUUAAAUGAAGUCUUCGUUUUAUGUCAAUAGACCCAUGCAAUGUACCACUUGGUAUAGAAGACAAGAGAAUUACAAACGGACAGCUAUCUGCCUCGUCAUAUUACAAUCAUUACCUUGCACCCUGGCAUGGACGAUUGAAUCACCGCUGGUCUUGGAGUGUACGGCAUCGUAACAAUAGGCAGUGGCUGCAGGUAAAUUUCCAAGAAAUUUACCGCUUCCGGGGUAUUGCUACUCAAGGCCGACAGGACGCAAACCAAUGGGUAAAGAGCUAUGCUUUGUCGUAUGGCUUAAAUGGCGUGGACUUCGCACCGUAUAAGGAAAGAGGAAGAGUUAAGGUAUGGGAGCCAAACUUUUGAGGUAUGCAAUGAGAUUUAGCUGGCGCAUUCACAAAGCCAAAUGGUAGAACUUUGGUUAGAAGGAAACUCUCAUGAUCCACAGGCACAAGUUCCAAUACGUUUCAUUAAUAAAAGUAGGCGAUAGAGCGCCCAAUGCAAAGAAAACGCUGUGUUAUGUAUCCAGAAGAAGGUAAAAUGCUUUCAAUCACUCUGUAUCGUGGAUGAAGAAAAGAACUUGGCCAUUAUGUUAGAAAAGAAGUUUAGAAUUUUCUAGUUACAUUGCUUUACGUCACUGCCAUAUCUUGUGCGUCAUUUGAUGUCCUUGAGCCGUUGUUAAUUCCUUCAUACAUAUAUGUAGUUGAAACUAGCAAACAAGAAUAAACAAAACCGUCCUCUGGACUUCACAGCUGCCUGCGAACCCUUGCUUCCCUUCUUCAACAAUCCUCUAGGCACGCACAUUGUCCUUUGCACCAGGAAGUGUCUAAUUACCAAACAUUUCAUUCAUCUCUUUAGUUGUUUACAGCCAACACUGAUCGCCACUCAGUAGUGUAUCACCGCUUCAUAAGACGAGUAGCUGCCGUGUUUGUAAGAGUUCAUCCUAAGACGUGGUAUGGUUGGAUAUCGAUGAGAAUUGAAUUUUUUGGAUGCUCAGGUAGGACUCCCUUGACCCGAAGGUUUUCCACUGGAUAUGUGUUUUACCUUUCUAUUGGAAGAGAAAUGCCGCAUACAAGGAUAUGCAUUUACAUAUGAAUGUGUGGUCUUUCCUUAUUAAAAAAAGAAGGCGACAAAAGUAAGUGCCCCGUGUGAGGUUCGAACUCACGACCUUCAGAUUUCUACUUCAGGUUAUGAGACUGACGCGCUGCCUACUGCGCUAACGAGGCACUUGCUGAGAUAUGUUAUAUUCUUUUUGUUAGCUACGAAUUACCGUUGUUGAAAGUCCUUUUCAAACUAGUGCACUUUUUUGGCACACGUUUAGUGACAUCAUUGCUAAAAAGCUGAGGUGCUUGACCAUAAAACUUGUUUAGAAAAUCUUUGUUUUUUACAGUCAAAAUUUUAAAACAGACUGUCUCGACUACACCUAACAUUUCUUUUUCUCCUCAAAGCCGCGCUUUGUAACCGUGCCUUGGGCAUGCGCAGUGGUGCUAUCAAGAACGCGCAAAUAACGGCUUCUUCAGCGUACAACAAGUUCCAUGCGGCGAGUUUAGGAAGACUAGGACGAACGAAGCGCGGAAGGUACAUUGGAGCCUGGUGCGCAAGGCACAACAAUCACAACCAGUGGUUCAAGGUGGACUUUGGCCUUCCGAUGAAGAUCACUAAAAUAGACACACAAGGGCGCCAGGAUUACGGUCAAUGGGUGACGAGAUAUCUUUUAAGCUCCAGUCAAGAUGGAAUUCAUUGGAGCAUGUACAGAUACAAGAGCAAUGAUCAGGUAGCGUGCUACGGUGGGCUUUCUUAAUUUACACGCUAUUCUUCGCGUUCCACUGAAAAAUUUCCGGAACUUGUGAAAACGUCGUCCUCCCUUCACGUUUCAAGGAAAUAUGUGUUCCACUUACGUGUUUUCAGGGUAUUCGUAUCUGUUUCGCCAUAUUGAAUUUUGGCAAGAAAAGGGAGCGAAUAGAACUUGUGUCAAAUGGAACUUGUUCUCCACACGAUGGGCAUCUUUACAGAAAUUUGCAGAAUUUUUUGGCAAAUUAAAAAAAAAGCGCUUCGUAGGUUUUACUAGAGUAAAAAAGGAAACAAACGGCAUGUUUUAACUGGCUAGAACGUCCAAGGACUUUCACCGAGAGAUAGUUCAAACCACUUUGUCUGAGCAGUUAAAUCAAGCACUCGCAACAGUGUUUCCACAUAAUAUUAAAGAAUUCGACGUUUCUUAAAACUACUCCGAUACGCACCUCGUUUUCAGCUUUCUGUUCGGUAUUUUUUUUGUCAUAAAACAGUCUGUAUCGUUUUUGAUGGCUAACGUGAAAUAAUACUGAGACGUUUUCUUCUUUCUUUUCCAUGCAGUAUUUUCCAGCAAACAGAGAUCAGCACAGCAAAGUUUCAAACGUAAUAAACCCGCCAAUUAUCGCCCGGUUUGUUCGUAUCAUCCCUCGAGGAUGGUAUCGCCAUAUUUGUAUGAGGGUGGAGUUCUAUGGGUGCAAAGCAGGUAUGUUAAAUUUUAAGCGUUUCAGAACAGUUUUACGCUUACUUAGCUGUCCCAAAUGAUACAAGCAAAGCUUGGAGGCGGUUGGUAAAUAGUCAAUUUUCGAGUUCGCUAUGACCGCUGAAUUAAAGAAGUGAAGACGCAUUUUUUACAGCCUUAGCCUCCAUCCGAAGUAAUAUAUUCACAAAUUCCAACGAGAAAAAGACCUGUUUAUUACUCUGUCUAUUGCGUAUAUUCAAAUUUCAAACACUUACUUGCCAGAAUUUCUGAAAAUUUUACUUUACGUUGAGGCUAACCCUGUAUAAAUGUGUCGUUAAUGUUUAUAUCAGCGGUAAUUUUUAAUUCGAAACUGGACUAUUGGGGACGAGAUAUGCGUUAAGCUAAUUCCACCCUCGAGCGUCCUUUUGGGAACAAGCGUGUUUUUUAAUCACAAGUCUCAUUUUGCCUCCCUUAGUGUCAUGUUCCUUUGAAACGAGAGACCCAGAGUCAUUUCAUUUCCUAAAGUUCUGACAAUUAGAACCAGAAAAGAAAGAAAAAUAAAUAAAGAAGUCCUUGUGUAAUUUGUAUAACAGUAGACUAGAGAGUUUUUGCAGCUAAAAAGAAUACUUUUAGUCGCCCGAUAUGGGACUUGAACCCACGACCCUCAGAUUAAAAGUCUGAUGCUCUACCGACUGAGCUAACCGGGCAGCUCACGCACUUGUGGUCUUCUCUCUGAAUAUUAAAUGGUUUAGCAGCGCCUUCGAUAUUCACGUGUAUGUGAUGUUCUAGUGGCUUUUCUAUGUCUUUGGUCAAGGAUUGAAAAAUAGACCACUGCAUCUGUUUAUUUUGACUGUAUGUAGACUUGUCCUAAACGUAAUACGUUAUCCCUUAAAACUAUGUCUUUGCAAAUACCGCUAACCUAGCUCUGCUAGUAGAUAACAACAACAACAAUAACAAUUUGUUGUUGUUGUUUCGACUAUCGUGAUCAUUAUCCAUUGUCCGUUUAAUGUGGAUACAAGAGUUCGUUUGAGGCAGUGCGUGAUAUUAAUACUUAAAAUAAACAGCAAUCAACUUUUCACAUCCUUGUUUGUCAUUGCAGAUAAGUGUGACGUACCACUCGGAAUCCAAGAUGGCCGCAUCACGCAAUCCAUGCUCACAGCCUCUUCCAUGUACAACCGCUACUACGGUCCUUGGUCAGCCAGACUACAAGCCAGAAAUCACGGUGCAAUGCGAGGUGGCUGGUUAGCCCGGGUGAACAACAAUCGCCAGUGGCUGCAGAUUGAUCUGGGAGCUAAGUCCGUUGUAAAGAGGAUUGCUACUCAAGGUCGGUAUGAUGCUAACCAGUGGGUGACGUCAUACACUGUGUCCUACAGUAACAAUGGCGUCAGGUUCUACCCUUACCGAGAGAACAGGAGAGUUAGGGUAUGUUAAUUACGAGUCUCUUUUUGUGUUGCUUAUCGAUACUGUCCAGUUCUGAUUUUAUUACGGCUGAAUUUUUACACGAGUUACUCUCGAUCAGGAGAAAGUGUUCACAAAAUUCCAGAUGUAUUCACAAGAUAGACUCUCAAUUUUUACAAUUAACCUCAGCCGGUCGUGUUCGCGAGUUUUUAGAUUUGGAUCGUUCGCGUUUCUAUUAAGGCCAUGGUUUGAAAGCCGAAACGGGAUUAAUGCCCAGCGCGAUUCUUGUGGAUAAAAUUAAACAUGGUAGCAAGCGUGUCGAGGAAAAGCCAUCGCGCCUUUUGAAACCACAAGUGCAUAGUAUUUGGUUUAGCUUCCAAUGUGUUACAGUCUUACUUCACCAAUACUGACACUUACUCUCUUUUACCUCUGACAGAUUUUCCCAGCAAAUCAGGAAAGGUACUUUGUGGUCUUUCAUCGCUUCUUUAAGCCGUUUGCAGCGCGUUUCGUUCGGGUUAAAGUCAGGAGCUGGUACGGGCAUAUUGCUUUGCGCGUGGAACUCUAUGGAUGUUCACUGGGUAAGUCUGAGUCUACUAAGAAAACACCGAGCUAUUGGCUACUGACUUGGUUGUGUUAGGGCCUCUUUAUAACCGUUCUUUUGCCCACAAAAGUGUUAAUCCUGGUGGUCAGUCUCUGCGAAAUCAAUUAUAAGCUUAUGCUUUGUCUAGACAUUUUGAGUCUUUUUUUUUUUUCAAGAUAAAAAAAUUAUAUUGAACUUAGAGGAAACCUCAGAUUAUUAGCUUGAUAAAAUCAAAAAACUGCAGGGAGAUGAGAAGGACUUACGAUGGCUUUGGAUGCACGAGAUUAACAUUGAUUACAUUUAUUGCACAGUUCAAAACUCUACGCUAAACUUUUGAUCAUGCAGCUACCCCGAUGUAAGUCCUUUAAGGUGCUACCAACUGUGUUUCUAAAACCCCCUUUUUGGCUUCCCCUACCCCGUUCACUUUCCACCUGUUUCUGCAUAUGCACGUUUAUACAGGUCGCCAGUGCAAUCAACCAAUGGGACUCCAAUCUGGGCGUCUGAAGAACCACCUUGUAACCGCGUCAUCUCAGUGGGACAAGUAUCACGCGGCGUUCCUUGCUCGUCUUCACUGGCAACGGCGGGGAAGGUACAUGGGGGCGUGGUCUGCAAGACACAAUAAUCGUUACCAGUGGCUGCAAUUAGACUUUGGUAGGUGGGCAAAAAUAAUUAGGCUGGCUACUCAAGGAAGACAAGAUACGGAUCAAUGGGUAACACAGUAUUACGUGAAGCAUAGCUUGGACGGAAUGCGAUUUGUUGAUUACCAAGAGCGUAAUACUAGAAAGGUAGGUACACAGAAUCAGGGAUCUGUGAAAAGACUGGGAAAGCUAUGGAGCGGUAUCGGGGUCAAAAAUACUGUAACUCGGUGUUCAUUUCUUCUUGUUUACUCAUUAUGUCGUCUUGCUGAUUUGUCGUGGCGUCAUGUUAACUUGUUAUAUAGUCUUAUAACAAGUACACAAGACGACAGAUUAAGAAGGCAAGACGACAAGAUAAGUAAACAAGACGACAGAUCAAAAAGACAGGACGGCAUACCUUUAGACAAUACCACAUAUAAAAUAGACAUCGACUUAUUUUUUACCCCGAUACUGCUCCAUAGAAAUCCUAAUCGUGUUUGCUAGUCUGCCCUACGCUGCAUUCUUUGAAGCGUUAUUUGCGUUUAAGACACUAAGUAGACAUCAGUCGCACACUCAGAUAUAGUCUGCAUGUGGAUUGUCUGAACGGAUUGCAACUGCCAUCAUAACUAAUUACUUUCAGCCCUGCUAUCCUCAGGCAUGUCUAGAUUGUUUUAAUUUCAUGAUUCAUUUAUAUUCUACUUAUUCGGAGGAACAUCUUGCACAGGACCUUAAUUGUAAUGCUUGCAUUCGUCCAGCUUCCCCCGCCCCUCAGUUGGAUUCUCAAUUUUUCCACGUCCUUUUUUCCUCAUUCCAUUUGUUUAUUAGUUUUUUCCACACUUCCUCUUAGCUUCAUGUUUCUUUUGCCUUUUUUCAUUCUUUUAUUGAUUUAAAUAUCGAGACCUAAUAAAUGGUUUCACCUGUUGUCACAGUACUUCACCGGGAAUCGGGAUCGCAAUACAGUCGUCAUGUACCCGUUUAACCCGCCAAUCAGAUGCCGCUUCCUGCGCAUUGUCCCUUGGGGAUGGCGUAGUCACAUUUCCAUGAGGGUCGAAGCUUAUGGUUGCUACACAGGUAAGAAUAAUUCAGUACCUCUGGAACAUGCUUGGGUGCAGUGGAGAGGGCAUUCACCACCCCCCCCCCCCUUCCUCCACACACACACACAUCGGUGUGGCUCGGUUUCGUGAAUCCCGAAGGCGACACCACAUGUGGGUCUCUGAGAGGUUUUUUUCUGGGUAGCCCUGUUUCUCCCCCCCUGUUUAGAAAACAACAUUCUCAAUUUCCAGUCAGAUCCAGGACGUUAUAGGGAAGGUGACCCGUUGUGGGUAUGCGAUCUUAGAUUUUUUUUUUUUUUUUUAUCUUAAAUAAUAGAAGAUUUGGAAGCCAAACAUUAGACAGAGACUCUCUGGUAUUAAGUCCCGCAGGAAAAAAUAUAUCUUAAUUAUAGGGCGGGUUGUGAGUGCUCGAAAUUAUUUCAGAAUGGGUAGAAUUACAAAGUUUUUAGUUUUAAACAAGAGAGUAGUAACUAAAUAUAAAGCCUUGAUAGCUUUGCCGAACUGUGCCCAUAAUGAUAUAAAGAGUUUCCGUUUUUAAUUUCCAUGAGGGUCGAAGCUUAUGGUUGCUACACAGGUAAGAAUAAUUCAGUACCUCUGGAACAUGCUUGGGUGCAGUGGAGAGGGCAUUCACCACCCCCCCCCCCUUCCUCCCCACACACCCCCAUCGGUGGGGCCCGGGUUCGGGAAUCCCGAAGGCGCCCCCACAUGUGGGUCCCUGGGGGGGUUUUUUCUGGGUAGCCCUUUUUUUCCCCCCCUGUUUUGAAAACAACAUUCUCAAUUUCCCGUCAGAUCCAGGGCGUUAUUGGCAAGGUGGCUCUUGGUGGGUAUGCUUUUUUCAAAUUUUUUUUUUUUUUUUUUUAUCUUAAAUAAUAGAAGAUUUGGAAGCCAAACAUUAGACAGAGACUCUCUGGUAUUAAGUCCCGCAGGAAAAAAUAUAUCUUAAUUAUAGGGCGGGUUGUGAGUGUUCGAAAUUAUUUCAGAAUGGGUAGAAUUACAAAGUUUUUAGUUUUAAACAAGAGAGUAGUAACUAAAUAUAAAGCCUUGAUAGCUUUGCCGAACUGUGCCCAUAAUGAUAUAAAGAGUUUCCGUUUUUGACCUCUAAAACACUAACGGCUAGACAACUUCAUGGUUACUUUAAAUUGGGCAAGGUUUGUUCUCUUUUUCAUAUAUCGUUUUACAUACCUUAUUCAAGGUAAUUGCUUGUUCAAACUCUUUAGUUUUGUUUUGCUAUCUUAGACCGCUGUACGAUGCCUCUUGGAAUGGAAGACCGAAGAAUCCUUUCGGGCCAUCUUCGAGCGUCGUCGUCGUACAAUUACAAUCACGGACCUGACCGAGCGCGUCUGAACAUCUAUGCCGGUCACGGACGGACAGGAGCCUGGGUAGCGAGAUAUCGCAACACCAAACAGUGGCUACAAGUUGAUUUGCGACAGCUGAGUAUCAUCAAAGGCAUUGCUACACAGGGACGAAGAGAAGCCCAUCAGUAUGUGUCAAGCUAUACCCUAUCUUAUAGUCUCAAGGGCGUGCGCUUUAGGAUGUAUUCUGUCUACGGGCGUAUCAAGGUAAUGUCAACAGUUUCUGGUCGUGAUGUUCCAUCAUUGUCAUAUUCAACAAUGUACAUGUCAUCGGGUGCAUUAGCUUCUUGAAGGUAGAAGAAGUUGUGCAGAAAUAUGUCAAAAGUGAGCCGCAGUGUUUCAUCACGAUAUCAAACACUGAGAAAAGAGUGUUUUUUGACGAACUUCAACAUGUUUGGUAUUGUUAUGAAAUACGGUAUCAAAUUAUUGAUAUUGUUUCUAAAACAAAGUGAAUUUAGAGAGAGAAAUUAUGGAUGCAAAAAUGAGAAGAUUUUUAAUCUUAUUUCAAAGCGCUCAUUAAACAUUAUUUUCUUUCGUAAUUUCUUCAUGAAUUAUUAAUGAGUUUCAGAGCAACUGGAGAGGCUUGACUCCUUACUGUACAGGGAUAGUGAGCGAGAAAUCGCUGAUUAUUUUUAAAUCAAAUAAUCUGACGUCUCGGUUUCUUUUUCUCUUCAGCUCUUCCGUGGCAAUUACAACAUUUACAACACUGUCUUACACAAACUUACUCCAGCAAUCAAGGCUCGUUUCAUCCGAAUUCACCCAAGAACCUGGCGAAGUUACAUCGCUAUGAGGGUCGAACUAUAUGGCUGCCGCGCCAGAGGUUUGUUUAUAUUUUUUACAAGUGGGAGGGGCCUAUCGGUUCUCAAGCGAUUCAGAGAAACGUUUGGAGCAUUCCAAAUAUUGCGCUUAGUAAAAGGUAGAUUUGCACCUUCGUCUCAUCGUCGUCUUCGUUUUGAAAACUCGUAUUAAUCCUCGAAUAAACGCCUGUCUUCGCUCGUCUCUGUUUUGAUACCGACUGAAGGGCUUAGACAACGAAGUUCUUUACGAGAGAGUGACUAACGCAGUCUGAGCAAGAGGAUGACGCUAAAGAUAUUUACAUUCACACCAUUAUUUAUCCAUGGUGGGUCAUUUCUGGUUCAAUCAGCAUAUGUAGGAAACCUCGUUAGAUAGCUCAUUCCUGUUGUCAACGGUUGUCGAUGAGUAGCUUUUCAAUACCCAUUUCAGCACUGGAGCACACGUACCAGCUCCGCGAUAUGGCCAGUACCUUACGUAUGCGCACAACCAUACCACCCAGCAGUGGCAGCCAUGGACAGCUGUUUCCUCAUCAUUAGGACUCAUCAGCGUGGCAUAACCCCAGACGAAAGGUCUCAUUUGCUAUUGUCGACUCCGCUGUUUACUGCCGAGGCGAGUGGAAGAACACUCUUUCGUGUGUACGUGUGCGCCAGUGCUGAAAUAGCUAAUCAACAGUCUGCUAAUACUUUGUUGAUGUAAUGUUUUUUUAUCUGCACAGAGAAUUUCUGUAACCGCCCGGUUGGAAUCCAAAAUGGUCGCAUAAGAAACUCUGCUAUGUCGUCCUCGUCUCGAUGGAAUAACUAUCACGCACCAUGGCUGGCACGACUUCACCGGGCUCGCAGUGGCCGUCUGAUGGGCGCCUGGUCUUCUCGCCAUAACAAUCAUAACCAGUUUCUACAGGUUGAUAUGGGAAGGUCGAUGAAGCUCUCAGGGAUUAAUACUCAGGGACGACAGGAUGCUGACCAGUGGGUAACGGCGUAUUUUAUCCUGUACAGUUCUGACGGGACGCAUUUUUCGUAUGUCAGAGAGUGGUGGGAUAAUGUGAAGGUGAGAUAAUUCUCUACUGUUUUGCCUCAGAAACUAAAUUCAAGGGAAAAUAUGAUUAUAUUAACAAGAACGAUGAUGAUUAUGAUGAUGAUGAUGUUGAAAUCAUAGGUAAUUCUGAAUCGUAAAAAUUUUAAUUCGGGUUCAAGAGAAUGAUAUUAACAUGAUCUAGAACCCCUUGAAUAAGUCGUCUAUAGUACUGGUUUUACGGAAGUGCUGUAUCGCAUCCAAAGUAGAUGCUUUUUAUGCUGUGGAAGAAAAUAUAAGUAGCAUUCAGUCAACAAUUAGUGUCUAGAACCAGCUUGCGCGGCGUCGUGAAAAGAUUAUAGGAUCGGAAGUGGUUGCGCAGUUGUCAGAUUUCAUUUUCGUCUAGGUGAUAACUAAAGUUGACAACUAUAUAAGCAAAAACGAAAUACGAAAGAUAACGCCUUGCGUAGGUGCGAAGCCUUAUCACACUCACUGAACCUGCGGGCACAGCGUCAGUGUCAUCACGUUCUGUAGAUGGUUUUUAAAGAUUACUUGUCCUGGCUGUUGUAGCGGGGUCAGUAUUUAUGUUUCCUUGCAGACGUUCCGAGGGAAUUACGACAGAAAUGGAAUUCAGACUCACUCAUUCGAUCCUCCCAUAUACGGAAGAUUUGUUCGACUUAAUCCACGAGGCUGGAAGUCUCAUAUCUCUAUGAGACUCGAAUUAUACGGCUGUCCUUGGAGUAAGCAAUUUGUUGGUUCUGAUUAUUAUUGUAUGUCCGAAGUGUUUGUUUUUAUUCUUAGUUUUAGUUUUGCCAAGAGUUAUUAUUCACAAUUACGGUUAAGUUAUUGUAACAAUAUUAGGAGGAUCCCGCGUUUUUCAUUUGCUCUAGACCACGGGUCUGCUCAGCGUGAGAGGCCUUGAAACACAGCCGCUUAAUGGGCUUACAUAACUUUUUAAAGUUUAAAUGCUAAGUGAGAGUGUAGACCAUGACAUUCCUUUGGCAAAAUAUGAUAUUUGUCUCAUUUAAAAUUGUUGUCCUUUUUUCAGGCAAAUGUGAUGUACCGCUUGGUUUAGAAGACGGUCGCAUCCCAAACCCAAUGUUCAGAGCCUCGUCUUCAUACAACUACUACUGCGCAGCAAGAAAUGCCAGGCUUCACCAGCGCCGUGCUGGACGAAACGGAGGGGCUUGGUGCUCGCGCACGCGUAACAACAGACAAUGGCUUCAAGUGGACUUUGGAACCGACACAAUCGUAACGAGGGUCUGCACUCAAGGACGUCACAACGCGGACCAAUGGGUGACAAGCUACUAUGUAUCAUUUAGCAGUAGAGGACAAAGGUUUAUAACUUACAAAGAGGGUCGUAGAACAAAGGUAAGAGAGUACAGCUUUUUUCCUUUCCAAAAUCUCCGUCCUUCUCUUUCUGAGAAUAUUUCUGGACUAUUUCAAGCGGCCAACAGGGCUCUAAACCAUUGUGUGCCAAAGAGCUUCUCAUGGUUUCCCAAGGGCUCUGAAUUCUUAAGAUAAAAGCCUUAGAAUGCAACAAACUUUAGUGAGUGAUAAAUCUUACCCAUCAUAGUCUAUGAUGAUUUUGUGCAAAAUAAAUAAGGAUGGACAUAGAUCUGUGGGUAUAUGUGCUCUAAAGUUAUCAAACCUGUCUCACAAUUUUUUUUUAACUCAAUAGAUCUUCGCUGGCAACUUUGACCGAUUUAUCGUUGUAAAAAAUCGCUUCUUGAGACCCAUAAAAGCUCGAUACUUUAGGAUCAACCCUGUCACCUGGCGAAGUUGGAUAUCAAUGAGGGUGGAAUUCUAUGGUUGCAUUGUAGGUGAGUAAAAUGUCAAAGACACAGAUUUGCGUAUCUGUGAAUACUCUUUGGUACUUCUCGAACUAAUAUUUUAAAAUGCACGUCAAAUGCGAUCUUAGUAAUAGCCCACGUUGGAUUUAUUAAAAUUCUAACAUGACUUCAAGGCUUUAAAGACAAAAUUGCAAAUUUUUCACGAGUCCAUUGUCUCGCAAUUCCCAGAAGAGACUUGGUCACAAAGAAAACCAAACCAAAUAUAGAAAUAUAACCAGAAAGCCUCGGAGUCAUGUUACAAUUUUAAUAUAAUGAACGUGGGCUAAUGGAACGUUUCUUCAAGCUGAGGUUUCAUAGUAUUGGUGCCGUUGUAGAACGACGUAAGCAAUCGGCAAAAAAUACGUGAAACGUGACAUUUCAACGAGCUGUGAUAGACCUGGUUAAGUUGUCCUCCUAAUAUGAGUGAAAGUUCCCUUUUCCUCUUUAAGGUCCACAAUGUAACAAACCACUAGGAAUGCAAAAUGGUCGCAUACGAGCCAUACAGAUUACUGCUUCCUCAAGCUGGGACAAAAACCACUCGCCCAACAAUGGAAGGCUCUUUUUCCGGAGAACAGGGUCCCGGAUGGGAGCAUGGUGCGCUCGCCACAACACACGAUACCAGUGGCUCUCCGUUGAUUUUGGCCGCACAAUGCGAGUUGUAAAGAUUGCUACCCAGGGACGACAGGACUACCGUCAGUGGGUGACUCAGUAUUAUUUGUCGUACAGUCAAGAUAACGUUUAUUUUGCUGAGUACGAGCAAAACAGUGCGAGAAAGGUAAGACAACGACCUCCGCGGCGUGCAAUUUUACCGUAGUUUUUUUUAUUAACUGUUGAGUCUUUCCUUGACUGAUUAUUUCGCUGCGGUGCGGCCUUUCUUCGUUUUAACUUAGUUUGUGAUCAUAGCAUAGUAAGAAUCCACUUCGUUUCGCUAUCUAACAUCAUGUAGUUUAUGUCAUAGAUGAUAUACACUCCCAAAUUAAAUCAACAAGAGCACGUAGUGUUAAUUCAAGUUCUAAAAACGAGGCACAGCCGAAUGAUUUGACGCUUGAUUGAGCACACACUGCGAAUUUAUUGAACGACUUCAAGAACUUUUUAAUGAGCUGUUCGUGAACAACGAUUUGCUAUGUAUUGGUUUAUUUUGGCAAAGGAAAUUGGUUAAACGGUGGUCUCAUACGCGAAUGAAACGUUUUAAGUUACUAUAUUAUUAGGUGUAAGUUAGUAUAUCGUAGGCUGUCUUUGAUAUCUUUUAAUGCCAGGUAUGCAGAAAGAAAGAGUUUCUUCGCCAGAGAAGGUCAAUUCUUAUUUUUACAUUUUUUACGUUUUUCGUUUGUUUUCAGUAUUUCACAGGAAACAGAGACCAGAAUACUGUGGUCCAGUAUCGCUUAUUCCCUCGUGUAAUAGCACGUUACAUCCGGGUUCAUCCGUGGGGGUGGUACAAACAUAUUUCCAUGAGAGUGGAGUUUUACGGAUGCCCAGAAGGUAACGUCUAUUCGGUACUUAAAACAGCUGCAUAAACAAACCAAAGUAAGGCAUGCUGCACGCAUACCUGCAACUUGCCUAGCUCCAAAGUCGAUAUCGUCGUUCGGUGUUGGUCGCGUUGUGCGAAUUACCAGUCUUCUCGGAUGCCUGACCGUAAUGGCCUGGGGACAAAACUGAACAGAAGCUGGGAAACCCAGUGGCUAGAUAGAGUGUUUUUCUCCUCUUUGCGCUACAUCCAUUUAUGGGGUCCAGUCCACUAAGUUAACAACGCGAUUAAUAGUUUUAUUGUAAAGUAUUGCUCAGAAGCUUAGGACAGUAUACUCUUGAAUAUCAUUCACCAGUAAUGCGCUCUGUUUAACUGAUGAAGUGGAAACUCCUCGUAAGUGGACACCUUUGUAACGCGAAAAAGGUGUCCGGAACUGGACACACUGUUGUGUGAUUGCUACCUAGAAAUAAAUAUGUGGGGUUGACUUGACAUCAAAAAGGCGUUUUUGAUUUCUAAAUUAAUCGAUCCUUUUGUUUGAUCCCCUAUUAUAGCACGUUGUUCUGUCCCGAUCGGCUUUGAAGAUAAACGCCUGCCCAAUGGGGCUAUGACUGCUUCUUCGUAUUACAAUCGCUAUCUGGCGCCAUGGCAUGGUCGUAUAAACCACCGCUGGUCAUGGAGCGCGCGGCGUAGCACUCGUACCCAGUGGCUGCAGGUUUAUUUUGGAGGCUUGGCGCGCAUUACAGGAAUUUCCUCCCAGGGUCGCCAGGAUGCUAAUCAAUGGGUCAAGACGUUUGUGUUGACUUUAAGCAGAGAUGGAAUCAGAUUUGCAAAGUAUCCCAAGGUAUGGUAAUUCUGCUUCACAAGUGUAUAGAUAAAGAAGCAUAAAAGGAGGCGAGGCACUAAUAACGUAUCAAUUUAACUCGGCAAGUUCAAGCUUCCUCCACAUAGACUCUAAAAUCCUCAGGCCAAAAGUUCACUUGCAUUUUCCACAGCUGGGAUUAAGUGGUGCAUGGUAUAACCUUCCUUCCUCUUCGUGAUCACUUUCUGUUGUAUUAAAAAUCUUGGUGAAAUCCAAAUCCCAAAACACAGAGUGAUUUGUGGCCUAGACGGCAUGUCAGACGCUCGAAGUCGGGCGUGGUAACUCCCGAAGGGCGCGCGAGGGUGUAAACGCCCUUCGCUUCCUCGUGCGCCUGAAGACCUUCUGUCCCUUUCCCUUCAAACGAUUGCUACGCUAA